AUGGAAGCUGACACCAACGACAACCUCCCCUUCCUCGAUGUCCAAGUGCGUCGGUGUGCAACAAGGUAAAUGCAAACUACCGUUUAUAAGGCAAGUAAUACACUUUAACAGAAAUUAUCCUCUUUAUCGCAAACGCAGCUGUGUCCGGACACUAUUCUAGCACAUCAGCUGACAGAAGAGCAAUAACUUCAUAAGCCCAUUCGGAAAAAUGAAUAUCCAAGUCAUUUUAUCAAGCAAAGCAAGCGCCGAGUGAAAAGACGAUGAUAACAAGAACAGCAACCCGUAGUCUGGAGGACUAUUCCUUACAUUAAAGGAGUCCACGAAGCAAUUUCAAGACAGUUACAACCCACCAGGGUAAGAAUUACUCAUUGACCCCAUACAACAAUUUGUCGUCGUUUGGUGCAACCGAAGGACACACUGCCACCUACUGAAACCUCAGCAGUCGUCUACCAAAUGCAUCGCAACGAUGGAGUCUGCAAGUACGUUGGGGAAUUCGGACGGAAAUUUCAGACCCGCCUACACGAACACAAACUGGCAACUCGGAGAGUAGACCCGAACUUACAGUUUGCAACGCGUAUAGCAGACACUGAUCACAGUUUUGGCUUUCAUGGAGGAACUAUUUAAAGCCAGGACAUUUAAAAGAACAGAACGCCAUACACUUGGGGCAUGCCAAUUCCACCAACAGGUAUCUAGACCCUUUUGCGGUCUAUAGAGUUAUACGUCACUAUGUACUCCAUGACCAGGACAAUACAGUCACAAGAGCAAAUAUGAUCUGUCGACUAAUUCUCCCGAACGAAAUGCUCAGAUGCGACCGACUCCAUUUGCUGUGGCGAUAAACAAAGCAGGUGGCCGCCUACAUUCACAUAUAAUGGCCAGAAGGCCAAGGCAACAAAGGACAACCAAUUGGGUCGUUUGUUUAAAAUUCUGUUCUAUUUUUUGCACAAAACGCUUUGAAAAUGUGGAGUCCGUCAAGCCCUCCAAAACGUCAGCUACUCUGAUCCUGUAUGCCCUACGCAUUUCUCAGAUUAGGUAGAUUGAAUCAUUCUAUCCUAUUGCUACUAUAGAAAAUAGAGCUGCAUAUACUAUUGAUCCGUCUGGUGCGGAAGUUGGUCCCGAUGAGUCCAUUAGCUUACCGGUUGGGAGUCCAACACUAGGGCAGCUGGAAGGGAGGCACCUGGAGAUUGCUGACGCUGAAUGCGAAAAGAGAACGUUGUUCGGAGCAUUGGCGGGGAGUAGAGCGUGAUUCAAUGUUUGCGAGGGCAGCGGCACCGACAGUCUUCACCGACACACGGUAACACCUCGCCCCUCCUGAGUUCCCGCAGAAGUGACUUCAGUUCACUCAGACAACUCAUUCGGAUCCAAGGUGCGUUCCAACUGCUGAUUCAUCGGCUCCCACGUGGGUGUGGGAAAAGUUGUGAAGUCCCCUCCUUCUGACCUAGGUGCCGCAAUUACGAAAUCCACUGCAGUCAUCCUGCCUUGGUCCCCGUGAACAUAGUGGCGCAGAGCUUGAGAAGCCGGUAGUAGGUCGCGCACAUAAGCGUACAAGUAAAAACAGUUAUGGCAGCGUUUCUUAUCAGUCUUUUUAAAUAAGAAACACAUGCGUUGGCACGAUGUUUUAAAAUUUGACUCCUUCUUUGUGGAUCUGCAUGGCGCACGCAAGCAACUUAACAGUUUGUCAAGCGAAAAUUGCGUUUUUAUCUAAUUGUCUGCGUCCCUUGAUGAUCCCAUAUGCUGGGCUAAAGGCUGCUCCUUCUCCUAUAGCAAAAUUACACUACUCUAGGUCAUCCUGGCGAUGCCUCCCCUAUCUCGUGGAGAGUCGAAAACGUAUAAGUGUAUAAACGUUUAAAGGACUGAAGAGUCACCCUAUCAGUGAACUGUUUAAAAACUGAAACAAAUCUCUUCAUAAGGUAUACUUUCCGACAGACUAGUUGUAAGAAAUGGCAUCCUGUGUGUUUUUCCGGUGGAAGACAAUCACUACUUAAUUAGUUUAUUAUGAAUAUGUCUGGAUAAGGUGGGUGUAAUGAUGGUUAGCAAGGAAUGAGCUUAAAACCCUUAAGAAAAUCAUCUAAUAUGCUAAUACUCAUCCUGGCCUCGCUUAUGAGCCGGUUUCUUACUAAGAGCGUACGCAAAAGUUACAGUCCACAUUUUGAAGGUUUCUACUCGUAAGGCACUGUCGUCGUCGUAUCCGAAUGACGCAAUUAAUACGCACGUCGCCAAAUUAGUCGUCCUCACUAUGGCAACGGAAUUGAUAAAGCCUUCACACGCACCACUACCCCGGCUAUCGCUGACAUCUGGCUUACCAAAGAAGGGAUAGGGAGGAGUUUGCCUUUUUGCAUUUCUGCCAUGGUAACCACAGCAGUUGAAACAGUGGUUUUAACAUAAGGCCAGUGUGACGUAAUCAGUGUCCCGUUCCCUUCUGAGGUGAAGGCAGCGUGAAAUCCCAAGAGUCUGUCACCUUGCCGAGAAGAAUUGCCCAAAGAAGACGAAGGUGUGAUCACCGGAAUAAGAAGUUUAUUGGCCUGACGGUUCGGAUCCACACUCGAACACAUCAUCCGAGACAGUCGCAGAUAAGAGUAAUGGUGGCACAAGGAGUGCAGUAUUUAUAGCACGUGGCUGCUGUGGGACAAUAUGCGCACUGUAAUUAACAGCUCUCGCAAUCACCGCUGAGGUCAUAAUUGAUGCGAUGGUGACUUGUCAGUCCGCGUCCGAGUCGUUAGUGGCUGUGAUUUCGUCAUCCGUGCUGGAUGCUGGUGUGACGAUUGCUCGGCAAAUUGGCUCCCUGUCACUGGGAUAAUUGCUCGCCCGCGCCCUCCCCGCGUGACUGAUUUCCCUGCUCAGGGAAAAUCUCAGCACACAAUAAGGUACCGGGAGGUCAUUGCGCUUGUUGAUGGAUUGCGUGCCAGGGAAUUAUGACUCGAGCAGCUCGCGGCUCACGCGAUUUUUCAACCUUUGCGAGGAUUUCAGCCUCUGAAAUCUUGAAAAUAUGGCCGGGUGCCGUCGAUUGUGCCGCCACCAGAGAGCAAGCGUUUUCCCGCUCCACUGCGGCUGCGUGAUCGGCAAUUUGAGAACGGAGUAAUCUCCCAGUUUCUCCGACAUAGUUGCUUUGUCCGCAACCACACCAGAUCCGGUCAGGCCAAUAAAUUUCUUGUUCCAGUGAUCUAAUCUUCGUCUUAUAAACUGCCACCUGGAACUCGCCCGUCCGCUUCUAUCAGCAAGAAAUGCAAGUCUACGGAGGCCAGUGUAAGAGUCAGGUCAAUAAAUGCGGUAGGCGUAUAUGGAGACAUUUUAAAAAAUUAAAGUAAUGAAAGCUUUUUACAUGAGGACUGAGUUAGUAAAUAAUCCAGCCUAAUCCAGUUUACUUGUGGGAAGUGUCUAAACUCAAAAUCAGUUGAACAGCUGCUUAAGUGGCUUUUAAAAAAGGAGAUAAAAUGCCUCGUCCGCCGAUCAUAAAAAAACUUCUAGUUAUUGGUCAUUCCGUCGACCCCAAAAUAUGCUUCCGACAGCUCAUGCCGACGCGAACGACUCGGGGAUUGCGCUAUUUAAAAGGUGCUCACAUACGACAGACGAAUCUCGACCUAUGCAAACAGUUAAACCACGUCGUCAACCUUAAGUUGUCCUGGUAAAUCUCAGUCCUUAGAUUUAUGCACCCAAUGCAUUUUGUUGUUUAUAUCUGUUCUAAAAGGACUUGUGGCGUCAGGAGACAAAAUAUUACCGUGAAGGUUAUUUUACACUGCCGAACAAUGUAUUAUAAAAAAUUUUCGAUGGAUCAGGACGAUUGUUCUCGUGCCGAUUAGUUAAUUUAACUCAUCCAAGAGGCAGACAAUGUGGUAAAGCUUAUGAUCAGAAGGCUACGUGCGGGCAUAAGUGUCUUACGGAAAUUUAGUAAAAAAAAAUCCACCUAUAAUAUAGAACAUCCGUAUUCCCGUGGCCCCGCCAAUUUUACUUGACAAGAUUUCAAAAAUACGAGACUUUAUUCCGCUAAUCUGUCCAAAAGCAAAUUCCGGUACGACAAAGAUAAAGUAUAUGCGCGGGGCAUACAGUUGCUAACUGUUUUUUUAAACAAAUUCACUAAUGUUUUAACGCUCCUGCUUCACCGCUAAAGGUAUUCAUUUCAUUUACUAAUAGUUUGAGUAUUUUUUACAACCUGACUGCUCUUCGUGACGAACGUUUUUUAAAAAAAACGAACUUUCCAUUUGUCGCAGAAUUACGCGUGAGGGGUGCAGGAAAAAGGUCAACCUAAACAUUUCGAUAUCGCCGACUCCUCAGUGCCGUACAGGUCAGCUAAUGUCAUCCUGCUAACGAAGGACCGACCAAGAACUCUACCGAACAACACUUUUUAAAAGUACUCUUGGCAGUUCUCCAGAUUCUUCCCUUACCUCACGGACAUACCUAACCGUUGCCGCUGAUUGGUUAAUUUUUCUAAAUAAACAUUUUUCAGUCUGAGUAGUUAGAGGUGGCCGUAGGUCCUAUAUUACGAAUUUUCUAUAAGGGGGACCAGGAAGUGUAGUGUCUAGCCCUUGGGGCUACUCGCAUUGCAAACAAAGGUUUAAAACAUGGAAAUUGGUGUUUAGAAGAACUAACCAGGAAACCAGAAUAACAGCAUUUUUAUUCAUGUAUUGCAACACUCACUAACAUCGCUCAUUGAUCAACUAUGCCGUGAACUUGCCGUCACGUGCCUUCUUCGCGAUACCGGGACCUCUCUUGACCGGUUUCAUUUUCGUUAACGAAAACACCUCUCCGCUAUUUGCUAUUCAGUCAGCUGGAUGUGCGGUGCUUGUCCAUGUCUCUGUCUUUCGGAUUACGAAGGAAUGGCCGUGCAGACCUCACAACUAACCAAUAAAAUGCCGAGACCGUUCAAGUCCACUUUUUGCAAUACUUGCUUCCUCAAAAGUUUUGUGUCCUGUCGGGGUUUUUUCUUGUCGUCGUCGUAUGCCCAACAUGGUAAAGGAGUGGCUAACGAUGCGCAAGGACAACAACAUCCAGAGAUGGACUUUUUGUGAAUUUCCGAAUUUUUGUCUCAACCGGCCGGCAGCAAAUAAUUUUGCGCACUUUUACGACAGCUGAUAAAAUGAGCUUUUAAUCGGUCGAAUUUGCUGCCUUCUGACGCAGCAUUGCUUCGAUCUGUCAGUACUAAUGGAUACACGUGCAAGAUUUUUGCCGAAGUUGUUACCAUCUGUGGGGCAUGCAUGAAGAUUUCAAGGCCCGUUGUGUGCGUUAAUUGAGCAGGUAAAAUUGCAUCAAAGCGCUACCUUCAAAACCGUCAAACGAAUUAAAUGUAACAGACACUCCGGCAUGUGCUUUAAGACAAAUAAUGAAAGCUUCUGCACCCUCUCAUGUCAACCGAAAAAAAACUGUCAGAGGAUAUUACGUGGGUAUGUAAUGGCAUUCUUCUAGCAAAUGCAUGGUCACAUGCUGGAAAAUUUUUCGACUGGCACGACACGCUCGAAGAAACUGUCAGAUAAGCUACUCACAUGCAGCUCGGUGAUAAAACGACCCGACCGGUCAGUCAGCGACUAAUGUCUUGUGCGUGCGAAUGGCCAGCUCGCUUGGAUUUUCGCCGAAUUCCUAAACCCAGCCGACGUGAGUAAACAGUCGGUUUAACUCUUGAUAGGUACUUGAGAGAGCAGCAUAGGUUUGUGUGCCGAUAAAUAUCAAUUUUCGCUUCGUCUUAUAAUCUCUUCCACUAUAAAGACACACGAGUAGCUAAGCAGUAACGGUUAUUGCGUAAGCGACUUCUGUAACCGUUGACACCAACUGUUAAACUGCUGCUCCUGCAAUUAAAGCAACCGUUGAAAAGUAGAACAGCGGAUCCAGGCAGCUCCGUGGCUAAGGUGUCUGUUACUCUGGUCUCUCCUCGCUGCCGUUAUUAAAUUUUUAUUGUUUAAUCAGUGUGAUCUAGGCGGAGGAUAAUUUACGGCCUACAACAGGCACGAGGUCUACGUGGGCUAGUUUAAUCCCUGGGUUGCCUAAUUGCAUUGACUAGAACAUAGUCAGCCCAGGCCGGUUAUGAUGAGGAGAAUGGCGUUAGACCACAUAAGCCAGCACCACGAUGUUUGUUUAAACUGGAAGCUGAAGACCGCGCCCUAUUUUCAAGUCACUGGUCCUUAAACUCUCUUUUAACCUCAACUUCAAUGCUCGUAAUUUGAAUGUCUCAAUUUCGUUUAAGUAAUGGAUUGGACUACAUUACCUCAACCCACUUGCUUUGGUUUUUGGAUGCAUCUUGUAGAUAACUACCACUUUCUAUCAGGCGAGAUUACCUCCUGCGGGUUGAUCGCGCACUGCAAAAUGUGACCUGUGGCAAAUGAGCCAGAGGCAUUGAUGCCGAGGUGCCUUUCGGAUAAAUCCCGCAACAUAUUCGUCAACCAUUGCGGUUAAGCCUUAAUUUAAUUACUCCAUUGUAAACGUCCCUAGCUGUUUCAAAUUAAUUUAACAGGUAAAAAUAGAGUUUGAAUGUUUGUUGCGUAUGCUGUUAUCUGUUCAUGAUUGCUUGUACGGCAUUAUGAGUUUGGUGAUUUCGGAAAACCAGUGGAUCGGUUUGCAUAGCCGAUCGGCAACAACAGAGAGCAGUAGGUGGCAGAACACUGAUGAACUUAGUUUUGAUGAAGUACAGUACGUGAAUUAUCUCAUGAAACCUUACAACGGCAACUGAUGUGAGAAUUUCUGGAUUUCUUACAUGAUGCACAUUUGACUUGCUGAUUCAGCUCUCAUAAGGAAAUGUCAUUUUCUUGUGCAAAGAUUGUGUCCAGGUUAUUUUAUAAAGCAAAAUUUUCAUAAAUUUGAAGGAAAGUGAACGUCGCGAUAUAAUCAAGCAAUCUGCCUUUGCUAAUACUUGUUAUAGACAUGGGUUGCUUAUCUGAGCGUAUUUUCCAUGGAAAGAGGAGUAGUGAUCUCUUGAGAGUUUUACCGGACAGAGCUGGCCAGGCCAGAUGCUAACCAGAUGUUUUAUCGAUUUUUAGAAGUCACAUUAGCAGAUUGGCGUGAUUGUAUGUCCUGAAGUGCCGUACUAACGUACACAAGCAAUCCUACGUUUAAAUGUAUUGAAAUCGCCUUGCCGUUUGGAAACGUUUCAAUGUGGUCACGGAAAUUACCACCAGCGAAUAAUUAUUUCCAGUUUUGAACAGAUGAAACAUUACUUGUCGUGCAGUUUAGCUUCUGCACAUUCCUAAUUCACAAAUGGAACAAGCAAAAUCUUACCUGUUUCAGCAAAAUAUUAGUAGGGCACUUUGCCGUGCAUUCAUAAUCGUAGAAGGGAGUCUAAAAACGAACAAAACAGUACAAAUGUCGCAAUAAAAAGACAAAGGCAUGUCAUUGCGUUUUCAGUUAAAAAAUAUUUGUAUUGUUUAGGGGCGUAAAAGAUACGGACAAAAGUGUCAAAUUUGUUUGGCCUUUGUACAAAAAUGCAAAGUACACAGAGAUCUUUAAAGAAGUAACUUAUUAGGGAAAGUUUUCCUGAUAAUCGAAGGCCUAUUUGUUGCUGGAUUUCGUUGUGGACAGCAGUUUUAUUCAACAAUGAAUUUCCAUGCUUAAGUGAGUUUUUAAAUGUGACCCAAACGAUCUUCUACAUGAAAGAGAACUCCCAAACACUCACUACCUCGGUAAAUGGCCACAAUAAGUAUCUUAUUUUAAAUUUUCUAACCAGUAAAUGAUAGAGAACCUGUCUUAAUGGUCGAUCAGCGGGAAACACGGAAAAUCAUGGAGUAUUAAGCGAUACUUCAGGGUCGAUAUCACACUCAAAGUAUUCCAAAACAAACGAAAAUGCAAAUUAAUUUAACGGAAGAAAAUUUCUCUUAUAAACACAAAAAUGGUAUAUUUACGAUUACGUCUGUCAAUUCUGUUAAAAUUUAUUAGUCACAGAUCGGCCUGGUAGCGUGUGACUUUGUAAAAACGUUUUCUCCAACGACGUCCACGUCGGUAAAAUCCAGCAUAAUCCUGUUUCUCAUGUUGAACCGCAUCUCAGUUAACUCAAACGACUUGAGAAUACCAUGAAUCCCCGAAAAACUGUUUUGGAAUCUAUACUCAGACUGUAGACUGUUGGCAAACCGCAAUACCUGAAGUUAUACCAAUUCCCAAAGAAUAUACCGAUGGAAACUUAAUUAAAACAUCAUUUUUAAAGAAAUUUUAUUCGUGUAUCCAUGUUUACUCAGUUUUUGCAUUGGAGGAGAUUUUGUACACCUAAGAAGAAGUUUGCUCAACUAAAACCAAAUCCGACUCUUUUGGGAUUUUUCGCUUUUCUAGAGCAAUUGGCAUUUCGAAGAAACGCCACACUGCCUUUACUGUUUUUUGUGUUCUUAAUUCUUCUUUAAAUUCACUUAAUUAGCAUAGAUAUUGGAUCCAUGCAUUGGGGAUGGCUUGCGAGUGAGUAGCAAUGAUUCGUCAAUUUCGACACCUUUCAUGAGUUAGGUCACUAACCGUACUUAGAGCAUGUUUGAUAGACCCCAUACGCUGUGCAUGUUUGCUUUUCUUGUCCCAGAUGGUGGCCAAGGUUGUGAUUGGCUAAAUAACAAAUGAAACACUCUACCCUUGUCCUCUGUCUUCAACCGCUAUACCAUUAUAACUUAAAUUAUUUUGGCCAGACAGCUGGUCGCCUGUUUGGGACCUUUGUCACCCAUGCGGGGCCUAUUCGUUUCUCGAAAUCUUGGGGGGGGGUUACUGUGCGUCCAAUACUGCUUGGACAAAUUGUCAAUCUGCAGCAAAAUAAAACAUCUGCUAAUGGAGUAAUAAUGAACUUCGUUUUGAGUACUUACGAGCCAUUUGAUAGUACAUCUAGGUCGGACCUUGUUUCGUAACCGUACCUGAAGUAGACAUGCCCCAAACUAACCCUAACCCCUAGCAUUAACUCCUAAACCUAUCUCCUAACCCCUAACCUGUGCGGCUAGGAAAUGGAAUCUUGUGCUAUGCAUGGGCUGGUUUUGCGUUCUGGGAGUCAUUGGUGCAAUUUUAACGCGGUAAGUCCGAAACAACAGGCAUUUUAGACUACCGCAGCACCGUCAGUUUCUGGUGUUUGGGCAACUAGAAUGAUGUUGUUUCCGAGACUUUCACGUGUCGUGUGCAUUUUUACGCCCCCUUGUUUCGAGCUCAAGGCUGCAGUUCAAUUCGCAUUUCUGAAACCUAUUUUCAAAGGGUUGUCAUAGGGAUCUAUGGGUGUUUAGGAGAUAAGAAAAUGUUGCCAGUUUAUGCGAAAAAACUGGUAAUGCUCUCAGUGGUGCGCUAGUGAUUGGUAAAGAGUUCAGUUUUCUUUAUACACGCCUGUCUCCAAAAUGAAAUUACACUAUGUCUGCCAAAAUGCGUGUGUUAACACCUUCUGCAACUGCCAGUCAGUGGUCGAUUCUGAAUCUGUCCGUGCAAAAUAAUUGCUAUGGCUCGAUCCAAGCGUUUUGUGUACCUAGAAGUUUUAAGAGGCAAUUUGGCGAACAUACGUCUGCUUUCGGUAAAUUCUCUUCAGGCCUGUGCAUUUAUAUGGGUAUUUAAGUAAUGAACUAAAAGAUACGGACAAGUAGACAAUUAAGCUGUAGCUCGGGUGUGGGGAGCGGAGGGGGGGGGGAGUGAAACACCACAAUUCCAGUCAGCGUCAGGGAGAAGGUGUGUCCCGGUGAAGGUAAUUACAUGCCGGUGGCUGGCUUGGUGGCUUUAACCCAUGGCAACUUUGGGACCAGUAUGUAAUUCUUCUGCGCGCAUAGGACCAGUCCGCGUAGCCUGAUUGCAGCUGCCUCUGCCGUAGCCAACAAGCACUGCCCAAGGAGUUUUAGAUAGCUUAACGGGACCUUGCAAAUCACUAUGAAGGCCUCUCUGGCAUCUACACGGUGGUCUGUGUCUGCCAUGCGUGCGAGGCUCGGGCUGUUGAUAUUCUUUAUUUGACCCUUUCCUAGCCAUGCUGGGAGAUGUUAUUUUUAUUCUUUUGGAUAAACGCCGGCUCAUGCGACCAAUAUAUUCUGCCCCACAGGAACAGGUGAAGGAAUAAAUACACAUGGAGGUGGUCUGAGCUGGUAGUUUGUCUUUACCCUCUCCGUAUAGGAUGGGACUGGUGGAGCUGCUGGAAAGGUCUGUGAUACAGCUUGAGUUAGGCGUCUUCUUAAAAGUUCACUUGGUGCAUCUGCAUGCAAUGGGACCCUGAUGAAUUGCAUUUUCUUUCCUGCCGUCAGUAUUGGGGGCUUUUGUGGACUUUCGGCCAUGUUCUUAGCAAUGAAUCGAUCGGGAUACCCGUUCUGGCGAAAAAGGCUUUCGAUGAUCUUAAGAUUUUUCUCGAUGCCAUCAGCUGAGCAGAUUCUUCUCACUCUUUCUGUCAAACAGCGGACUAAAUUACGUUUAACGUUUAGCGGUACGAAACUCCCAAAAUGGGUGCAUUGUCCGGACCAAGUUGUCUUACGAUGGACGCUAUGUCGAAUGCUGCCGUCAGGCCUUCUACUCAGAAGCACAUCCAGAAAAGGAAGUAAACCGGACUGCUCUUCUUCCAGAGUGAAUUUUAUUUAUGGGUGCGCCUGACUUAUGUUAUCAAGUAGAAUUGAGAUGUUGCUUUGUUUCGGUGCAAUUGCAAAUAUAUCAUCCACUUACCGUCCACAGUAUCUUAAACCAUUGAUCUGGUGACGUAGCUGGAAAGCUGCUAGCUUUCCCAUGAAUAUAUUCUCCAAAAGCGGGCCAAGGGGCGAGCCCAUUGCUACGCCGUCCAUCUGCCUAUAUAGAUUCUUGAUAGAAACGAACAGGCGAGUUCCAGCUUGCAGUUCAGAAGACGAAGAUGCGAUCACAAGCCGUAUAUUUUCAGUGUACGGAAAACCACACAUUUUUCUAUCGUAAUGAAGGGGGACCAUAUAGGAUAUAUAAAAUUUAGCAGUGGGUUUGAUCCAUAUUGUUAACUUUACAAGCCACAUUGGUAAAUGUAGAGACAUGAUGAUUUAUGAACGGCCAUUUCGCGGUAUUUAAUAGUCCCCCAAUUAGAGACUUUUUAAAAAGCCAAUUAUGUCCCUCCUUCGAGUACAAAAUUGCAAGAAGACGUAAUUUUCUACCGAAUGAGCAAAAGAAUUAAUAUUUUUAUACACAACGGAGCGCGUGAUUUCCAUAGAAACGAUUGGCGAGCGCAACUCUACCCUCGUUCACCAAGUAUCAGCUAGCGUUCUGGACACCCUAUGUCGAUAACACCUUCGUCGUUGUCAAAACAAUUGGUAGCGAGCACCAAAAAGCAACACUGAGCUCACGACGGAAGCAGCAACAAAUUACCAACUGCCUUUUCUUGGCGUUCUUGUGUGCCACUGUAAAAAUUGACAGCUACAAACCACGGUAUGUCGAAAUUCAACCGACGCGAGGCAAAGUCUACACUUCAACAGCACUCACCCUCUGUCUCACAAACGUUGCCGUCCGAACUCUAUUCCACAAACUCGGGACACACUGCAGCACGCCGGAAGAUAAAAUGGAUGAAUCACAUUGCAACCAAUGGUUAUCCCAUACAUUUUAUUGAGAGAAGCGGGCGCCAAAGGUACAGACGACGGCCAAAUGAACAACAACCUGACUUCUGGAGGGCCAGUGUCUACGUUAAAAGAAGUCACCCAGUCAGCGACUAAAUUGUUACAAACCGCCAGAGUAGGCAUAGCCCAUCGACCCCAGGCAACACUACGGCGCCGUCUGAUGCAACCUUAGGGCACACUAUCACUCGCUGAAAUCUUAUGAGUUGUCUACAAAUGAAUUGCAGGAGGGGGUAAUUACAACUAUAUUGGAUAAACCGGGUGGAAAUUGUAGACCUAUCUACAGGAGCGAAAAUCGGCCACUCGGAUCCUAGAUCCAAAAUCUCUACUAGCAACGCACGGUGGGGAAGCUAGGCAUACUUCCGAUCUCCAGAGAGCUACCAUCUUAGGUCUGGACAAUACAAAAGCAGAACGGGUAACAUUCGAGCCUUGGUACUCCAAUGCCAACUCCAUCAACAGGUAUCUGGACCUUCCUGCAGCUUACAAAGUCCUACGCUAUUAUGUCUGUUCAGGGCUAAAUAACCACAAUGGACCUAAAUAAGCCAUACGUAGACAGGCCGAGGACGAGUCUAUUCGACGAGGAAGAACUGUUAGACCGACCAGCCGACGAAGGUUCAAUCACCUCCCCCGACGAAGCGGCGACUCACAAAGCACACAGAUAAAACACCCACCAACCAUCCCCCAAGAGGCCACGGCAGUAAGAGAAGAGGAAAACGGAUCAACAUGAGGCCGACCAGCGCGACGUGUCACAUGAAAUUUCUGGUCGAUUAAGUGUACUUUAAACCUUAACAAUGGGGAGCCGACCAAGGUCUUCAAAACGUCAGCAUGUAGAUAAACCCGUUCCGGUAAGCCCAUCUUUUUCUUCAAACUCUACUCUUGCAAUUUUUUUUUAAAUUCACAGUCAACCUUUAGAACUGUUUGCUAGUUUAAUGUAAAGUCCAAUUCUUAAAUUUUCAGUGUUUCCUAAGCGCAUCUUCCCAGACUUCUACUCUGACAGGAGAAGCUACUACUUCAUGAAUAACACAUUUCCACUUAUGCGUUUCUAAGAGUUAGCUUGCCGUAUAUAUUCACGGAUCCCAUGCUUGUCAGAACUGCCACAUAUAUGACACCGACAUUUAUUUCAAAGCUUAUAACGGAUUUGCAAACAUCAAGGCCGCCAUUACGGAAGGCACCAAUGAAAUUUCAGCACAGAGGCAGCAGCCUACCAAAGGGCUUCGUAGCACGUGACAGCAGUUCUUAUCACAGUCAGGAAGAGUUUUCAGUCGGUAAUAUAAGGUCCUUGCGAUGCGUCAACCGUAUUUUCUUCUGAAUUAGGUCGCUAGAGUCUGCUUUAUAAGGUAAGAUAACCAUUGUGGCCAUGAGAUGCCUCAAGAAAUUUUUAAUGCAUAGUAUAAAUAUCGACGUACUUUUCUCUAUUUAUUUGCUAUUGAUAUGCUUACUUUGCUCGUUGAAGAAAUAACAGUGGUUACCCACAAGCGACGCUGCUGUACAGUCCGGAGGCUUAAUCAGGGGCUUCUACUAUUUUAAGGAAUAAGGCUAAUAGUAUAUUUGGGGGAGUUUCUUGUCUCUUUUUGAAAAUGUCAUGUGAACCAGAAUGUCAGGGAAGAGUGCCUCUAAUUGGAGGCAUGGAGUGACGCGUCUAACUAACUUUAUGCGCGAAAAAGGCAACAUUUUGGUGGAUUGGGAUGUCCUCGCAUUCCAUACUUAUCUCAAGGUCAAGGCAGGGGACGUUAUGUUUUUCGAAAAUUUCAGCUUCAGGGUGUGGUUUUCGUGUUAAGAGUGUAAGGCCUAGAGAGAGAGUUUUAGACAGAACGCGACCCAGUUUUCUGCAAGACCGCAGUUUUAACGGCAUCUAAACUGAACAAACAAUAAGUGGAAACGUAAGAGGCUUUCAGAAAAGAUAUGCAUUAUAGGCCGUUAGAGUACUCUGUUGUUAAUUUUCACCAGUUACACGGGCAGAUCGCGUUUUUUUCUAUCGUAAGUCGAGUAAAUUAAUUCGAGUAAUCUGGAUUUUGGCUUUGAAAAUAUGACAGUUGGCAUAACCCUUUUUGACAUCCCCUUGUUCAUAUUUUUAAAGAAGUCAAUUUAGAUAAAAUCAAGAUUUUACCGUUUCGAAGUGUGUUUUAGUGCGAUUUUAUAAUCGGAAACAUAACUAACAUAUCCUUUAAGUUGUUGCUAAAAUCAAAAGUCAAUAAAAUAUAUAAAUCUGAAUCAGCAAAAAUUAUAGCAGUACGACUGUUUUGCUUUUAAAACAUAGAUAUUUGAUACAGCUUUUAAAUCGCUUGAACUUUGCAAUAAUUUAUGAUAAAGUAAUUCCAUAGAAAGGGCCUUUUAUAGAAAUUUGUUCGUUGCGUGACCUAUCUCAUGAAAUGUUGGCUGAAAUUCUGAAAUGCGUUUUCGAUUAGGAAGGAUUACUUGGUCGCGGUUGUGAUACUGAUUAUCAUAAGGCAUACUCUUAUAACAUUUUGGACUUGGCAGGAUGUCGGCUUUUAAAAGCACUUCUUUUCAAUCUCCUGUAGAAGGCGUGCUUGGUAAAAAAUGACUACUCAAGUAGCAUACAUUUUUCCCAUUGAUUUUCGAAAGUCUUGCAAAUUCAAAUAUAUUUUAUAGAAACUAUAAACAAAAAUAUGCUUUAUUUUAGUCAAUCGAUAAAGAAUCACGUCUUCUUUAUAUUUUAUACUUAAGGAAGGAGUAUAAUUAGGUUUUAAAAACCAUGAUGUACAUUUCAUGAGGAGCAGUGGUUAACGGCCAGGUACGAUGCUAUGUGAAUGGACAUAUCGUGGUCUUAAAAAGUCUCAUAAUUAGAAACUUUUUUAAAACCUAAUUAUACUCCUUCCUUAAGUAUAAAAUAUAAAGAAGAGGUGAUUCUCUAUCGAUUGACUAAAAGAAAGAAUAUUUUUGUUUGCGGUUUCUAUAAAAUAUAUUUGAAUUUCCAAGACCAUCGAAAAUCAAUGGGAAAAAUGCAUACUACUUAAGUACUCAUUUUUUACCGAGCACGCCUUCUACAGGAGAUUGAAAAGAAGUGCUUUUAAAAGCCGACAUCCUGCCAAGUCCAAAAUGUUAUAAGAGUAUGCUUUAUGAUAAUCAGUAUCACAACCGCGAUCAAGUAAUCCUUCCUAAUCGAAAACACAUUUCAGAAUUUCAGCCAACAUUUCAUGAGAUAGGUCACGCACUGUAAAACAAAACAUUGAUUAUUUCUUGAAGGAUACCCCAUUCCGACGGUUGGAAGGAUAACGUAGAAGAAUGAAACCCUAUAGCCACAGUCAGAAAAUAUAGGGAGUGAGACAAUUUAAAAGUUGAAAUUCAGGGCUUUUUUGAAUAUCUCGCUAACCAAAGAACAUGCCCCAUUGUGGGGAGCGAUAUGUGAGUGGCCAGUAAAUUAAAUUUCGAAUAUAUGAAAAAACUCGAAAAUAUACACGCAUGCAUGACUCUGAGAGGACUAAUCUUUCUGCGGAGGGGGGGGGGCAGUCGAGGACAAAAGGGGACGUCUUGCGAUACACCAGUGUUUAAAGAGCGUAUUUCUCACAAUGUACAAGGCCCGACUUCAGUAAGCUCUUUUACUGUGUAACUUGCUCGGCAUUUUAUCCGCCUGUGGGUAGUGAGUUUCACAAGCUCGGUGUUGCCCGUGAGUUAGUGCUCGGAAUAUUUACACGUGGGUGUGCAGAUGUCCAUGUGAUGGUUUAAACGUUGAAGUAAAAACUCAUCAGCGAGAUAAUUUGUACUAUCCAACUGUGUGAUUAUUGACCAUACGGACAGCAUAGAUGCUACUUAAAAGCCCGGACAAGCGUGUUUUGCCGAGCUUGUGUCGCUGCCUGACGUAGCCACAAGGGGUCCGGUUCAUCAGUGGGCCCUCCAGCGUUCUUCGUGUGUUCCCUCGUAUAUGGACUCCAGUUUCAUCCUGUCCUGUUUUGCUUUCGAGGAAACUAAUGCGCAGACCUGGAAAAAUUCUUUGGAUAAGACCUUCUUAGGCUCAGUCCAAAAUUUGAUCUGUAGUCCAGCAGCAACUGCGAAAUAACUAUUUGAUAUUCGCCAGCUGUCAACAGGCAGUCAGUAGCAUACAACUGCAUGGAUAUUCCGCGGUCAUUUCGCAGUAGAUGACGGAUUUCAACUUAAAUAUUCAUAUCAACUUACGGACCCAGCCUGCAACGGUCUGCUGCGAAGGACUUACUCCAGGAUUACGCAUUUAUUUCUUCCGAAAUUAAACAAGGCAGAAUUGCAUUUUUUUCACAAGGCCCGUCCAAAACAACCUUUUCCUAAAAGAAAAACUGGCAAGUGCGUGGGAGUGAGAUCCUUUUCAACCGCGUGCUUAUGGAUCGUGAGUAUUUUGCCGAUCUUUUCAAGACGUCAUCGUGAAUACAACUACCCACGCGUCGCUUACACGCUCAAACCCCCACGACAACCGGAGUCAGGCAGAACUAUUUCUUUAACCUGCUUGUUAAGGUUUUGUCUUCAAACUGAAACAUCCAUGAGUUGUUUAUUUUAAAGGCCGUUGUGACAAACCCAACGAUGGGAUUGACUUGUGUGGUCCUUUUAACAGGACAGGGAAAUAGGUAGGAACUGCCAGGUAGUAAAGGUGGAUCUGAACAUAAUUCUGGCAAAAACAAAACAGUUCCGUAUCCUAACCUUAACAGUAACUCUUGUAUAAAGUAAAACCAUUGCUUUUGUGUUCAUCCUAACUCCACAUACAUCCCCAACGCUGCAAUUGACACUAGUUCCCACAUUAAACUCCCUCUUUAUCCCGACUUGCCUUACCGUUAGCGUUAAAUCUGGCCUUAAUCCCAUUCCUUUACCUUAGAUCUAACCUGAGACCUUGCCCUAUUUUCACUGGAAAUUUGCUCAAAGCUUACCGUAUUGCGGGCGGUACUUGUUCUUAUGUCCCGUUUAAGUGGCUACACAAGUCUGUCCUACCAAUGUAAAAAUGUUUUAAGAAGAGACAUGAAUUAGAUUAUUCUGAAAGAAUAUGAAUGCGUUUAAGAGAGCAAAUCCGAUAAAAACAAAAUUGAUUUGAAUAGUCCCUUCCAAAACAUUAGCCGUCGUUAGUAGCUUCUUCUCAGGCCAGGCCGUCUACGGGAUUUAUAUAUAGCAGGCGGCCUGAGGUAUAGAAUGUUAAUCAAAUACUGAAAAGUGUUUUCGAUUAGAAAGAAUUUUUACUUGAUGUAGCAAUAGUGAUUAUCGUGCAGAAUUGUCUGAAAAUAUUUCUAGCCUGCCAGGAAGCCGGCUAUUAACUGAGCUCAUUUCCAGCCAGCAUGAAAACCCGUGCAUGGCAAAAUAAUAGUCACUUAUGAAGUUUUCCCACGGAUAUUCGAUGCCCUUGUAAUCAAACACAGGCAACGGUAUAGAGAAGGGCCCCAAUUAACUGUCAGUAGACUGUUGAUCGUGCUAUACGUGAGUUAUGGUAAAGGGAGUUUUAUGUGUGGGGCAACAUGCUAGACAGCAAGCUGAAAUUGCGCGGAAUUAUGCCGACUCUAUUGUACGACAACGAAAAUGAGAGUACUAAUUAAACAAUAAACAGAGAGCAAAUUUCACAAAAUAACGAACUUUGAGAUAUGGUUUUAGGUCGUGGAAAGUAAUCGGCAGUGUAAUUUCGGCAACAGCCUGCAAAUGUAUACCAAGACAAAACCCCAUAUGGCACGAUCCACAGUCUGCUAACAGUUAAGUUGGGUCCUUUUCUAUACCGUUGUCCAAAGACAUACGCUAUAUAUACUCCUGCUCGUGAACUUUGCCACUCAUACGGAGCUUGGUUACUUCGGAAAACCAAUAGAUCCGUGUACGCCCAUUUCUGAGUGAAUAAAUACCCGAUCUGCAGCGACAGGGAAUGACAGGUGGCGAGACACUGAUGAACUUCGGUUCGAUUAAGUGCUUAUGACCCAUCUGGUAGAAACCAGUGGUGGGCUACCUGCGCCAGGUGUGUCCGUGUGCAUGUAUUUGUUUUCGGUCGCAGCCGCUGGUCUGUCAUCCCUUCUUGCUCGUAUAUAUAUCUUUCAGAGGGGAGACGACAGAGUCUGGGGAGCAGAUUAAUACAUAACUGUUUCUGGCCUGUUUGCCUAUAUUUAGUCAGCCAUAACCCUGACCACCAGCCGGAACCGGGAACGCAAACACGCGCACAGACAUCUGGCGCAGUUGGUCCACCACCCGCAAUCUCUGUCGUCCCUCCUCGCUGCUAUUAUGACUUGGCCGACCUCGACCUAGUAAUUCGUUGCCCGUUCGCGACCUUUGCCACCCAUAAGGAGCUUGUUAGAUUAGGGAAGCCAAUAGAGCUGUGUGCUCCUACUCCUUAUGUGGGUGUAUAUAUAUAUAUAUAUAUUAAAAAAUAAGAGGUUCUUUGGAAAAGAAACAAACUUCCUCCCGUGAAUUCUCAACGUUGGUUCCCCAGUUUGGCUUCAGACCCGCAGCAAAUAUGCAAAACAGUCAACGCUUUUACGUGUUAAAAAAUCGAUAGUGUCUUUUAAUUCUUGCUAACUAUUCAUGAUCCCGGCUGACAUCUCGCGUUGAUUUGCUGUAGUCUCUUCCAUCUUCCCCUGAGAUUAUUGUAAACGACGUCUAGUUCAAUGCGCCGAUUAAUGAAUGAUUCAUGGCCUCCAAAAAUCCACGGUCUUGUCCAGAUCAAUAGACAUUAACAAUGUGCUUUUAGCCCCAAAGAAAUAUGUGGCCAGUUCCUAGCGUGUGCAUGGUAACCUGGGAGUAUUGGUUUGGCCUCCUCACGGCCACUAGAUGUUCAUGUAUGCGCGUGGAGGCCGACUUUCCAUUUUGACCACAUUACAUUGCAUUGCAGGUGUAACACGGAAUCAUGUAGCUGACCUCUUUCUUACCUAAAUAACUAACGCUAUCCUUGGGGCGUACGAGCUGGUUGCGUAAUAUGGUCCUCGAUUUGUGCGCCACUUGUAUCUCAUGUUUCUUCAGGUGUCUUUUAACCAGUUCAGACACGUUUGUAACGUGCGGAAGCGUUCUCCAUUUUUUUGUCUAGCCGUUUGACUGGGAGAAACUAUCUCCUUGCAUUUCUCUUUUAAUUUCCGUUGUUUAAUGCACCGGCGUACAAAAUGUCUGGGAAAAUAGUCGGGACAAAUCAUUAGGUUUUAUUUGAUAACUGUUGUUGACCGAACAGCAUUGACUCAGACUUUAGCCAAUCAGACUCAGUUUAGAAGUUAAUUGUCUUGCACUCCUAUAGUUCGAAGCCGAGCCGAGAAAUAAGUCUCGAAAAUUUAAAUGAUAAAGUUUACUGUUUCCCAAGAAGUUCAGUCUUUCUUAUUUAAUUUCUUGGGAUGCCCAUUUUCAAUUUAUACAUAUACAUACAUAUAAGAAGAGGCGAUCUCGGGAACCGUAGAUGUAUUGCCCUGACGUUGCAAAAGCAUACAACCUGUCAUCGUCGGCGGUGAGCGUUUGCUUUUGAAUCGGCAGGGCAAUAAAACUGUGCUUCUUGAAAUCGUCGCUCCUUCCUAUUUACGUCCGGGGACGCUUCCAGCAGUAAUAUAUGCAUAUGAGUAACAUCGAAUUUGAAGUUUUUGCGGCUUUCUUUUGUUGACUGCUGAAUGCAAACCUGAUCCCAUUGUCAAUGUGCACUAUUUUACUCUAUUUCUCAGGGAGUCUAACUCUAUUUACUCCAUUCUCUUCGUCGUCGGCUAACAUAAUAAUUGCCUGUAAAAUACGCCGCCUACACUUUUAGUGGGAAGGAGACUAGAAGGGUUUAUUGCUCAGAUUUCCACUUCUGUACAUAGGAACUACUGACAAGAACUUGCAACGGCAUCUGUCGUCGGUGCGCCUCUCCGAGAACACCUGCUGGGCCCCACUCAAGCCCGCGUGUUGGUCCGACUCAUUUACCGCGUAGUCCGUUUUAGGGGUCACCCUCAAAAAUUACCGGGCUAAGGCGCAGUCAUAAACCGUCAGCAGGUCUUUUGGGUGCGCUGCGUUAGCUAAAUUUCCCCAUAAAACAACUCGAAAUAGCACCAUUCUGCAUGUCAACGCCGUAAAGUUUCAUCAGUCCCUGUUAUAAGCCGAUGAGCACUCUGUAAGGCUUAAAGAAGAUGAGCACACGAUCUCUAGAAUUGUAGGUGUAUUAGUCUGAAGAAAGGAAAGGCAGCUGUUUGGCAUGCUCUUCUUCCCUUGUGAACUGAAUUUCCGGGGAUAUGCCGUUAAGUAGGCCUUGAAAGUCGACCAAUCUACUUCUUUCAAUUAUAACGAACGUGUCGUCCACGUACCGGCGCCAAAAUGCAGGUUUAUAGUGGUCGAAGGCGACUUUUUCCUGCUCCUGCAAGACUAGUUCUGCAACCAGACUGGAUAUUGGUGAACCCAUCAGUGCUUCUUUGAUCUGCUGGUAUGUUCUGCCAUUGAGGAUGAAAAAGGUUUGUUGGCAGACAGCAAAGAGUUGCUCUAAGUGGUCGAUUUUUAGGGGUCUGUUUGUUUGGCCGUAGUUCUCUUCGGGUCCUUUGCGAAGAACGUCGAGUGCCAGGUCCGGUGGGAUGGAUUUGAAUAAUGAAACCACAUCAAAGGACACCAUAAUCUCAUCCGGUCGGAAAUCGUUUCCUCGUAUGUCGGCCAGGAAUUGGGAGGCCAAAUUAAUGUGGGUCCUGGAGCCUUCUCGGAGAAAGUUAAGUUUUUGUGCCAUCCACUUGGAUAGAUUGUAAGUGGGGAUGCCUUCCAAGGCAACAAUCGGUCGAAGGGGAGCAUGGGGCUUGUGGAUUUUGGGUAAUCUGUAAAACCGGGCCAGUGUCAUGUCCGUUGGUUUCAUCUGCCGCCAUUCGUCUAGCGAUAUCGCACUGUUGCGUUUGAGUCGGUUCAGGAGUCCGGUUAGUUGACCAAUCAUCGAUUCUGCUCGCGAGGAAGGCUUGUGCCUUUUCGUUGUAGUCAAUGCGAUUCAUCACGACGGUUGCUCUUCCUUUUUCGGCUGGCAACACUAUUAUAUCUUUGUCCAUUUUUAAUUCCUUAAUUGCUUCUACUUCUGCGGACGACAUAUUGUUGGUGGGCCUGUUCGUCAGCAGUAGUGAGGUGAUUUUCUGGCGUAAGGUGUGUUUAGUCUCGUCGGUUGCGUUGGUUCCUACUAGAAUGUCUUCAAGUGCGGCAAUAUAUUCGGCUGGUUUAGCAUCUGUCGUAUUAAAGCAGGCUUUACGACUCACUACUCUCAGUUCCUGCUCCGUUAACUGCCUGAAAGAUAGACUUUGCACAGCAUUUUCGUUCAUCUUGUAUUCGGGUUUUUUAAUUUUCGAACUUCUGCUCUAGGUUCACGCGUUUUAACUCCUGUCUCCUUUUGACCAUGGUGAAUAUUGUUCGGCCAAGGGAAUCAAUAACCAAUUCACCAAACAAUGUAUCUUACUCUGUCCUUUUCUGUUCGAUGACAGCGUGGUACUUGCGUAGGCGCAAAUGGCAGUCGUUGAGCAACACCCUUGUCAUUUGCUUGUGAAAACUUUGCGCAACGUUUCCACCCAGUUCAGUAUUCACUGCAGUCUUGUAGCGUAGGCUGUUCGGUGCCAGUCCUUGGCGAACACAUCUGUGCAGAAAACGCAGCCGCUCAUAUGUUGCCGCCUCUCAGGUGGAGAAUGUCUCCCAGCUGCGAGCUGUGCGAAGCGCAUUACGCCCGAAAUUUUCACGAAUGAAAACGAAUAUGCGAACCCCGGGUUCUUGUUGUAAAGAAGAUGAAUAAACGAUCUCUGGAGAAGAAGGCGUAUUAGUCUGAGCUUUCGGUCUCGUACAGGAGGCCAUCGUCAAAGACUGUAGCAGUGCAGAGUACAGAAAUUAAAUCACGUCUCUAACAGCACUCAUGUAGUAAAUCGUGUCACGAAUACGUGAUAGCUCUGCGUGGGCGUGCAUACGCACAGGUUUUGUGCAACUUGAGAUGUGUGUGACGAGGAAUUCGAAGGCUGUGAAGUACAUCGGGACCUCCAUUUCCCCUCCUCACCUCCCCUCCCCCCAACAGCCUACGCAGAAUUCCACCUUCUCUGACUUUUUUCAGUGUCGCAGUGAUAAUUCCAUCGUACCCAUCGUGGAACCCCUCCCAUAUAACUCAUGUUUAUUUUCACGUGACGUCGGUCGAUUGAUGCCGACGUAGCGCAAAGCGGUCUUUAAAAAAACUAGACAGAACAUAAAGCGUUUCGUUAACUACUUUAUGUUCUGUAGGUUUUUCCUUGGGUGCAGCGAAACAUGGGGUGCCCGUAUGAUCAUAGGAAUAUUCAUUAUUAACUUAAAUAAUUAAUUAAUUAAUUAAUUAAUUAAAUAAAAUUAAAUAAAACAAAUGCCCAAUCACGUCACCUAAGCUGUGUCUUUAGUGUCCUCGGCAUAGAAGCGGCAAGAGAGCCUAUUUUAAAAGGGCCUUGUAUGAAGGAAAAAAAGAUUACAUUUUAAAGUUGUGUAAGUGAUUUCUGCGCAAGUAAGUUUAGCUUAAAGCAUAUCCUAAAAGGAAGUGAAUACGCGUAAAACAGUUUUACCUACUAAUCGUAACAUCAAAUCCACGUACAUCAACGCAAAUCUGUGUUUCGUUGGCCAAACAGGACAUCCAAAAGAACUUUUUUUGUGAUUUCAACUUGCUUUGACUUCUGAAGGAGCCGUUGCGUUCCAAUCCUGACUAAGAUCUUUACUUACGGGCGGGCGAAAUUUUUAUCUCACCUCAGUUUAUUAUUCUGUCACCUAUAUUUGACCGUGCAGAUUUUGAAACUUUCGGUAGAUACAAUCUAGUUACUUUUUAAAAAAAUUCCAACUUCAUCUAGCCAUCCUAAGACAGCGGGACUCUGAUUGGACCGCUGUUAAAGCACCAUGGUUUUUUACUAAGCAUGUUUUGAGAGGAGGUGGUCGCCCUUUCGUAAUGCUCUGUUUUUUCCAUAUGAUAACUUGCUGUAGAAAUGAAGGGCAGGAUUUAAAUUCCUGAAGCAAGCAAAUAAUCAGUAGCUUUGGACUCGUUGGAAGACGGAGUAAAAAAUGUCACUUUCCGAAAAAAGGUUAGCCGUCAGAAGUAAAGCUGUAAACGAAGAAGUUAAUAAACAACUGGUUACGGCUUUUUUUCUGAAAGAAUACGCCGAAAUUAGGAGGCUGGGGAAUUCAUUUUCGGCAUUUUUUACAAACAAAACACUUUAUGGAAGACAAAGUGCGGCAUACUGUCAGUUGUUGGCGAUACAUCAUUCGAACUUAUUCUUGUCUCCUAAACAAGGAGCCUGGAAUGGGUGUGGACUAUCCAGGGUCUCCAUGCAGCUGCAUUCCAAGCAUGGAUCCCAAAACGGUUUCCCGAGGAUUAGUGGGAUUCUUUAUGCUUUUGCAUUGACUUCUAUGCGGUUGGACAAGGGAGACAGGAUUCUGCCUCAUAUCCCUAAUAGAAACCUCAUGGGGAAUAAAAGUUUUCGCGGGGGGCGCACGUUCCUAGGCCGGUCAGUGCCUAAUAAAUUUUAAAAAAUUGACAGAUGUAAUCAUAAACAUACUAUUUUGUGUACAUAAUGAAAGUUUUAUUUCAUGAAAUUAAUUUGUACUUUUCGUUCAUUUUGAAUUACACUAAGUUUCUGAUCGGCCUUAAAUUAUCGCCGAAUACCUCAUGAUUUUCUUGGUUUUUGGUCGACAGCCCAUAAUGUGUUCACUAACUUUUAAAAUAAGAUACUAUUUAAGGAAUUUCACCGAGGUAGUGACUGUUUGAGGACGUCUUCUUGUGAAAGGUCUCUGAGUCACAUUUGAAGACUCCCCAAAACGUGAAACCUCAUCGUCGAAAGAAAUUAAAGCCCACUACAAAGGCUAGCAACGAAAGUUACCUAGAUCAGUUAGAAAGCUUUCUCUAAUGAGUUGUCCUUUAAAGAAGUGCGUUUACAGCGUAUUCAGCUGAUAUAUGUCUGUGUCCUUUACACUGUGACAUAGCAAAGCAAAAAAACUUUUGACACUUUUUGUUGUUUCUUUCACUUUACUAAAAACAUACCGAAAUUUUUCUCCUGCAGACGUAAGAGCAUGUCUUUUUCACUAUAUUGCAUCCAUUUUUGAAAUCUUCGCUCACUUGCAGGCAGCGUUCUACAAUUAUGAAUGUAUUGAGGAGUGGUCAUAUAAAUACCGAUGUUUUGCUGGAACUGUUAAUGUUUCACUCGUUCCAUUUAUAUAUUACAUACAUGAAUAUGCUAGGCCGCACGAAAUGUAAUCUUUUAUAUGUUGAAACGUGAAAAUAGCCAUUCGGUGGCAAAAUGGUUUCGGUGCAUUUGGCUGCAGAUUGCCUGCCUAUGUAAUUUAUGCACUUUGGAGUCCCAAAUUGCAAAGAAAUGCUACCCUGACUUCUUAAAGUAGAAAAAAAGGUCUUGUUUCCUUAAAAUAAGCUGUGUGUUUGCAAGUUGAUUCCCGCGGUUAGCGACGGAAGAAAAAUCAAUUCCUAAAUGUGGCACGCUCUGCUUGGUACUGUCUUUGAAAGUAAAUUACUCUAUCUCAAAGAACAGCAGGUUCAGAUGCGCAGACGACAUCUAGAAGAGGUAUUAGCAUAGGAAUUGUCAGAAUAUAUCGCAACGUCUAUUUUCGCUCAAAUGUAUGAUCAGUUUGCUUGAUUAAAUUACGUGGACACAUUUUCCGCACGCUAAAAGGACAUCUCGCCGAAGAGACAAGGCAGGUGGGCAAAAUGCAUAAAGUUUAGGAAGCCCGAAAAUUCUCAUAUUAAUUUCUGUCAUCGGGUUUCAGGAGAUAGGUCGCGUACUGUUUUUUCCGAGAGCUUUCCUAGCUAUUUCUUUUGCAUUAACUGAAUGACACUCGUUCUAAAAACUCUACUGAGAUGUUGACGGCAGACGAUCUGCUACUCCUGCAUUUAACUGCAUAAUCGAUCUUUGGAAAUUAUUUCCUAAAUAUUUUGCAGUAUCAAUCCAGGUAGCUAUUUUUGAAUGGUGGCAACAACGGGAAGAUUCACAGACCUGUUUUUAAACGCCUUCGUCAAAAACAUUGUCAUUAAUUUGGUUUGCUUCUGUGCUGGGUUUUAAACUUAGGACUAAAUUAUAGUCUCCACAAGAGUGUUAGGCAGGAAUUUUGACAGAUAUCACAAGGUGUUUUGGGAAGUAUUAGGGCUACUCAGUCUUAUCUAUCUACUGUAAAUUUGAACGUAACGUAUCGAUCGCUUAAUACUUACUAGAUGUACCAACUGUGCCUGCUCCCAAAGGCUGAUGAACAUGGCUCGCGAAGUCUCAGGAAAAAUUAUCAUUCAAAUUUCCAAUAGCGUUUAUUUUCACGCACAAUCUAGGCAAUAAAAUCACGCAUGCAGAGCAAGCGGCUGCCUCUCCCCUGUUCAGCCUUAAACUGCACUCCAACCAAAGCCAAACUUUUGUCUAUUUGCCGCAUCACGAGGCCGCGACGGUAAAACACAGGGCGUUGGUCGUGCUGUUCGUAUUACAUGUGUUUUCGACACACUAAAUGCCCAAUAGAAAGACUAUUAAUGACUUUUUAAUGUCCCUCUGUUCGAAGGAAACACAGUGUCCUCCGUUGUUCUGUCAAAGCCUAAAUUCCGUAUUUUACGUGAAAUUUUUAUAAUCAGUUUCCCGAUUGUACAAAAGGCUUCACUUUUGAGUUCCCAAUUCAUAAUUUUUAGCACUCUUUACUGUUAUCUAGGGAUCGCCGUUCAGCAUGGGUUGCGACGCCUCAAGAUGUCUCCGGUUUCUGAUUGUUCUGAUCAACAUUCUGUUGAUGGUAUGUAACUUGACCUACUCUGCCCUAAACCGUCCUGUCAAAUUAAAAUUUCCUUAAUCCCAUUUUGCAUCUUGAAUGGUUACAUACCUGGUAGAAUCAAGUCAGUAAUAUGUUGUUAUAAUUUGACAAAAGUGAAUUGCAUUUUACUGUCGAUUUGGGUGGAUCUGUGCUACGUCAGACCUCAUUGAUUUAUUCCAAAAUCUGGCUGAGUUAACAGGUCAAUACGCGAAGUUCGACAACUCGAAUAUUCUUAAAUCAAAAGCAGAAAGAGAGAGAGCGAGAGUUGGUUCGAGAGAGUGUGCACGCAGCUCAACAGGCAUUUGUAGACAGAGGGCCUGUUUGCGACUAGACUUUGCCCACCUGUAGCCAAUCAACGAAGAUUGCAGCGUCAACUGACCUUGAACUCUCUCCAAGCUGGGGCCAAGUUACGAUCAGCUCAGGCAAUCGAUUGACAGAGGACGUUCGGCGAACUGAAGGCGACAGGGGUCUUCGGCUUUGCUGGCGAUCGCGGGAACAGACAGACCCCAAAAGCCACACCUGACAUCGCAAGGAAAGUAUUCACCCCUCUUUAAAUCCGCUCCAUUAGGCUUUCCUCAAAAGGUUUUGGGACCUCUAGGUCGGAAUGUUAGGGGACAUCGUGCAUGUUCCAUUCUGACAACCACUGUCUCUGUUGACCAUCUCAGCUUUUGGAAAACUCGUGCAUCGAAAAAAUGGAGCUUACGAAGCUCUAAUUUAAUUAUUAAAUAUCAGUAAACGAAGAGUCCUCAGACGAACCUCCAGGAGGUCAGAAGCGAUCGGUGCAAGUCAUGUAUCGGUUUUUUACUUUAAGAAGGUGAUGUCUACUGGUUGAAACAGGCAGACUUAGCCGGGCUUGCUCUAAGUGCGCCGAGCAGGAACAGAAUGGCGACUGAUGAACCCAUUGACGUUGGGCGUCGCGGUGCCUCUGACAUCGGCAACAUCCCCUCUCCCAGCCCUGGUUCCCAAACCCGUCUAGUCUACGUACUGCAGAGCUCGACAUGCCUUCCGUUGGAUUCAGAGUUCGCAAACUGGGUCCUAGAAUUCUAACUAUUCGUUUCGCCGAGAUUAACGACUCCUAUACUUGAGAUCUUCGCUCUACAUGUUCUGCGCAGCACGUAUUGUCCCCUACGUGCGUGGAUUUUGCUCCGGCCUGUCUACCGAACUCUGAAUCCGUCAGUCGGCGAGUCACUGCUCCCUGUCAACCGAACUUUGUGUCUCUAUUUGAACCAGCUGCGGUGCACACUUCACAACCAUUGGAACAGGUAGUCUUGAACGAGUGAGGGGAAUAGAACGGGUUGUAAAAUCACACAUCCAUCGAGCAGUGCCGUCAGUUUCAGCAGAAACAAAGUAAAGCAUUAGGAUAACUAAUCGAAGCUGUGGAAAAUGCGGAUAAACGUAGGAUGUUUAUUACCGGAAAAUGUGUUUUUCAUUCUCACCUAUCGUUUAAAAGUGUUUUCCUUCAAAGAUGAAUUAGCAUAAACAGUCGGUGAGUUUCCAAACCUGCAUGCUGUUAGAAGCUAAGAUUUACUAAGAAUUCUAUGCAGAAUCAUCAUUUCCAAGAUAAUUGCAGGGAAACAACGAAAAGCUUAAAACAUUCAACAACUUAGGAGAACUAAAAAACAAAACUUAACAAUUUUUUUCUAUUAGCAAAACGUCCCAUAAAUUUCGCCCAGUGAGCGUACUAUGAGAGUGCUAGAGUUUGCAGUCAGUUAAAGGAAAAGCAGUUUAUUUUUGUGAACGAACGGUUAGCUCCAGUCCUCUAAUAAUUUGUUUCUGCUAAUAGGAUUCCUUUACGAAUAUGCCUUUAUACUGAUUUUUCACUACCGAUUGGCGGUUCGUUUAACUUUCACUACUUCAAAUACUGUUAUUAAUCCUACAAUAUGACAUAUAUAUGAAAUUAAACCUUCAACGCUGUUUACUUUUUUGUCAACCUAUUGCAGCUACUGUUCCUCCUCCUAAUGGUAUUCGGCUUUCUGAUAAGAUUUUCUCCGCACUUGGUAACUGGCUAUAUGCAGGCGUUGCUGGACAAGUCGGUGCCCGAAACCACCGCGGAGAAUAUCGCCAAAUUCUUCAUGCAAAACUGCCGUAAUUACAUUUUUUGCCUCACGUUCUUCUGACCGUUAAAAAAACUUGCCCGUUUCAUACGAAAGAGUUAUCCAAAAUUUUCAGGCAUAAUUUUAGGGCAUUCUACGUGAAACGGAGAAGUGCCCUUUUUGGCGUUUGUUUUGUUGCAGACGGGGAAUCAACCAGAGAAAAGUGGACUAUAUUUAACGUCCAUCAUCUGUUUUCGCAGGGGGUUGUUGAAUAUCUGUUAUUCAAACCGGGUGAUGAUUUGGAAUCGAAAUUAGGAUGCACUUCGAAAGGACGGUGAACUAUGAAGAACUGAUGAAUACCUAAGACCAGCCAUAAUGACUGGGCUACCAGAUAAUCUCGCCUACCUACGACAUAUUUUUUUAACUUAAGUGUUGCCCUACUCAUUUACUUUUUAUUGGGUCGUUAUUGUGAUGCUGGCAUCAUUCUUGAAUAACUACGAACAAAAACCAAGUGUAUAUAGAUGGGGCUUGAUCGUUUGGGAAAACAAAAUCAAAUGUACGAUGGACUUCAAAUAUAAAAAAUAGGCUUGGAUGGGCAAAAAUGUAUUUUUUCGAAAGCUAAUAUGAUAAAAAGCAGUGUCCAAACCAGAAUAGGGGUGUUUUGCAAAUCAUCUCAGGCCGAGCUCCGAACUUCUAAAACAACAACGUGAUGUCAUAGGCUGAUCACUUUUGAAACCAAUACGAAUAUGGGAGAUCCCGUGCGUGCAAAAGUUUCUUCCUAAGUAAGCAAAAUGUGUAAAGAUGCGCUUGAAUAGGUGAUGUUUUUCGUACUUCGAAACAGCACAGCAACUUAUUUGUUAUACGCCGGCCGGCCAAUUCCCAAUCAAGAAUCUACCAAACCGCUAAAUAAUCCUGUUUGAUAAUACAUUAGGAAAUGAGUUAGUCUCUAAAGUUAUUCACUAAAUACUUGCCUCUAAAUGUGAGUCUGAUCAUAAUAUGGUGCUGAAGAUAUUCUUACGAUGACGUACAUACGCUAUUAUGCCUCGAAGAGGAAUCACUAAACUGUUAUCACCCGUUUUAAGUGUUCUUUUGUCGAUUUUUCUAGCCUUUGAUGUGUAACCGUGCUUUUUGGUUGCCUUAUUUAUCAAGUAGAACAUGCAAAUCGAUGUUUGGAGAAUAUUAUGGUUAACAAUUGAGGCCCCGACUGUCGACAUCGAAAAGACAACCCAAGGCAUAUAAGUAUCCAAAAGUCAGUCAUAUUAUGCUAGGGAGGAUCUGGCUGAUUCGAUUCCCCAACUUAAAGGUAUUUGUGUCGGAAAGUGGGCAUAACAGAAAUGACGCGCAUUUUACAAGCGAUUCCGCGAUUGAUGCAUUGAAACUAUGUUGGCUUAUUUAAGCACUUUUAGGUCUACAUAUUAUAAAAAAUAGUGGCCGCCUUCGUUUCUGUACGGAGUGACAAUCUGAAGACACGCGUCAAUCUUACUGCCUUUGGCGCCAUUUCAUUUUAGCCAUAAGGUCUACGGGUUUUCUUCGUAAAAAAGAAGUUUUAGAAGCUGCGGGUUGCAAUAAAGGCUAUGAUCUUAGAUCCCGCCUGAGAGUCCAGUCUCCGCCUGCAAGGUCUGAUGGCGUCCUUUUUUCUGCCUCAAGAUAGAGGUUUAUUUGUUGCCCGAGUUUUUUUGUAUUAUCAGAACGUCCUGGUCUGUCUCAAAUUACUGAUCCAUCAUUUUCUUCCUAUCUGCCUAGUGCCAAUCGCUCUGGCGCUCAUUCUCUUUGGCCUACUCUGCGCACUGUUCUGCCUUGUGGGGGCUAUGGCAUCCUGCUGCGGUUGUAGAAUGCUACUGAAAAUCGUGAGUACUGUGGAACAUUGUCUGUUUACUAAUUAGGGAUCUUCUCAUACAAUAUUCCUGUCAUGUAAGAAACCUUUUGCUGUUAUUCAUGGUUCUGAAUCCUGUGCUCCUGUUUAUCUGAAACCCUGCAACUGCAUUGCUUAUGUCGAACUCUCCGCUGCAUUUCGAAAGGUACGGUAAUUUUUCAGAAACUAGGAUUUUUGCAAGUGGAAGCGGGAAAAUCGUAAACACGUCUGGCUUGUCGGUAGGAAGGUACUUGUUGUCGCAUAUCUGUUUAGGGCAUAACAAAAACACCAGCUUACAUUCUGGAAAUGGGAAAAUGUUGCCUACGCACUGUCUGGAAACUGACGGCCUGUCUAAAUCACCAGACAACAAAUGCAACCCUUCCGACAAAGAAUCCCUUACUUUCUGUUUUUUGUUAAAUGAAGAGUACGUCGUCAUCAAUGUCAAUCGAUUGGUCUGUUUAAUGCACAUCUGAGAAACUAUUUCCAACUGCAACGCAUUUAUCUCUUUUGUCUGAAACGGUCCAUCUGGGACGUGCAUAUGAUUCAACAGGACCAAAGAUGCGGUUUCAACGUAGCAAAAUAACCAUUUGCGGGUAAAUCGGGACAUUUACUUUUGUAGUAUAGGGGCGCUUUACGAUCGCGUUACGGAACUGACUCGAGCCCCGGUUUGGGAAGUUGGGUACAGUCGGCUAACGACGGCUAAUAAGCCAGAGCUGGCCCUUCCAGUCUCCUUUGUUCCGGCCUUUUUGGUGAAGGCGUUUCGACACGGCAUAAAGUGCUCUUUUGAAAGUGACGUUCAUUGGGACUAAUUUCAUCGACAAUUGUGCUUUGUGAGCGCAGGGGAUAAGCAGAAACUCGGCUGCUCACAGCCUAUUAUAAGCUCUGGACGAAAUAGUUGUGCCUGAUUGGUCUAUUUUUUUCUGGAAUGUGCAUUUUACUUUUUUCCUAGCCUCGAUAUAACAACCUCAAACGAUUUUUCAGGGGCAUGCAUGCGGGUGUGCGCGUAUUUGAGGCCGUCUGUUACUCAGGGUAAUUCUCUACAACAUACAGUAGCUGGUCUAACUCCUGAAAUGUCGACCGAAUUUCCGAAGUGCGUUUUCGUUUCGAAGAGUUUAAGUAAGCAGGGUUGUAGAACUAAUCAGUUUGCAGCAUAAUUCUAUAAUAUUUCAGUUACGGCAGGAUGCCAGCUUUCGAACGGACCUCUUAAAGGCUGCAUAAACAAAGCAUACUCUUUAAUAAAUGACUACUUAAAUAGCAUGCAUUUUUCUUGUUGAUUUUCGAUGCCCUUAAAAAUUCAAUUGGUAUCCAUGCAUAAAAAUGUUCAUUCUUUUGCUCAUUCGGUAGAAAUUUGCAUCAUCUUCCAAUUUUAUACUCGAAGGAAGGGUAUAAUUCAGUUUUUAAAAAGUUCCUAAUUUUGAGAUUUUUAAUAUCUUGGAAUGGCCUUCACAAAAGCGUAAUCUAUCUGCAUAUACCAGUGUGACUUGUAAAGUUAACAAUAAGGAUUCAAUCCACUGCUAAACUUUAUGAACCCCAUAUGGUCUCCUCUUAAUGCCGUAGAGAAAUAUAUGGUUAUUUUGUAUGCAGAAAAUAUACGGCUUGUAGUUUGGAAACCCUGGAUGCAAGUGUAACGGCAGGUCAGGUUCAAAAUAAUUCGAGAAUCGGAAAAGUUUUUGAAAACCGAAUUAUGCCCUUUCUUCGAAUAUAAAAUUGCAAGAAGACGUCAUUUUCUACCAAAUGAACAAACCAAUGAGUAUUUUUAUGCAUGUUUUCCAUGAAGUAUGAUUGAAUGUUUAGGGGCACCGAAAAUCAAUGAGAAAAACGCAUACUCUUUAAACAGUUGUUUUUACAGAGGAUAUUUUUUGCAUGCCCUCAGAAAGGAGUUCGUUCGAAAGCCGGCAUCCUGAGGCAACUUAAUUAUUAUAGAAUUAUGUUGCAGGCUGAUUAGUUUUGCAACCCUACUUAAUUAAUCUUUCCGAGUUGAAGACACAUUUCGGAAUUACGGUUGACAUUUCGUGAAUUAACCCACCUACUGUAUUUACUGCAGUCGCUAUAAGGGUCUUCCCUUAGAAGUGGUUUUGUAUGCUUGAGCGUUGGGACAUCGCUUUGUGAGAAGGAUAUCGCACAAGCCACCAAGUCGGUUGGCGGGACAACUGAGAUUUUGCAGUGAGAGGGUCGGCUAAGCUAACGCAAGUGGCUUAGAAACUCGGGAGUGUGAACUGCAUAAGGCCUGACCAGCAGAAAGUCCUUAGGUUUCUCGAAGAAGCAUCCUAGUACAAAAAUAGGACGACUCUAAAUAACGCGGUAAAGCAAGUUGCGAGUCUAGGUAAUAAAUAUUUACGGGCGAUUGAGGCCGAUAUCCCAAACUGUUAUGUUUAUUCACCAGAAAUGUAAUUUUACACGAAGAAUGGGCCUGUGUCCAUUCCGUCAUAUGGGAAGUUUACAGUUUAUUUUUCCCCAGCAAAAAAACGAACUGCUUUAAAAUAUAUGCAACCUAUGCAUGUAAAAUAGGCUCUUAUUCUGAUUCUGUGUUUUUCCUGUGAACUUGCAAUGCUAAACAGUGCUCAUAAAAGCAAGAGACUUUGUUACUGGGCCACGAUGACGCGUCUGCAAGAGAACGUGCUUCUACUUUCAAUCGUGUCGCUAAAGUGCCUCGAUUUAUAAGGGUUAUUGUAACAAGGACCACGGCCACCCACAUAGUGAAGCUAAAAACCCACCAGACCUGCUUGCAGGUGUAGUGGCUAAAGUGGUGAGUUUACUCAGAGAGUACCACAGUGAUCAUCGUCUGGUCAUGCACUGAAGACGAAGGAGAAAGACGCCAAUAGAAGUGGUGUAUUCUGCACAGUGUUAGUCAGAGCCUCCGGGUCUGCUUGCCUGCCAGUCUGCUAGGGUGACGUAAGCGGGAGUGAAUAAGCGUCACGUGGGAGGCAGUCAAAGCCAGUUGUUUGAGUAAUGGUGGAGGUUGUGGGCGCCAGUGAUUGGCUACCAUCAAGGCUGUUCGGGAUCCGCAAUCGCUUGACUUCUGACGUGGCCUAAGUGUCACAGGCCACGGGCGCUUGAGGAGAUACACAAGCAGUUGUCGAGGCUCUCUUCUUCGCUCUCGUAAACCCCAUGUUUCUAUGGGACAUGGUGUACUCACCCAUAUUUGACCUGCCCAUCCACCUCUCCUGCUGUUCUACUUGUCAUGCUACUGAAUAUUCACGCGCAGUGUUUAGAAGAACAGAUGUUCUGUGCAAAAAAUAGUGCGCCAUCUCACUCUCCCGUCCCACACGUAAAUUUUACCGGACUGCUGCAAGGAAAUGGAAGUAGGAGUUAAAAUUUUCCUGGUUCUGAAGAAAAAGGCCACCCUGUCCCCUUGCCUAACUAGCAACUGGUGAUGGUUCUCCGCUGUUUGUCCCGAUAGCUAAAUUUGGUACCAAUAACGAAAACCUCAAUAUUUGGAAGUCAAAAAGAGAGUCAGAUGUGGUGAUGUGCCGCACCUGAUAGACACAAUACUGUUGACCUGCUUAAUUAUUUUGGGUUGGUGUGAUUACAUUGAAAUGGCGUUACUGUGCGUUGCAGUGUGUUCUGUUGUUGGCCUUGUUUUUUUGUGACCUUUUUGGCCCAUAGCCAGUGGUCCUUCUUGACUGUAGGCCUAUCGUCUCGUUCUAACUUUCGCGUUGGGUGUUCUAGGUUUAGGGUUGAGGGCUGCAGUUAAGGGUUAGGGUUAAAGGGCUAAGGUUAGGGUUGAGGACGGGGCUGGAGGUUAGAGUUGGGGUUAAGGUUAGGGGUUAGUAUUAAAGGUUAUAGUUAGGGGUUUAGGACUUAGGUUAAUGGGUUAUGGUUAGGGUUGGGGGUUAGUGUUAGGGGUAGGAGUUAGGGGUUAUGGUUAGGGGUCAGGGCAACUAUUUCUCAACCACUCAGUGUGCAGUCGCGCAUUCUCGAUAGCCUUUCUUUUGCGUAAUUAAUGAGUAAUUAACGAGAGAGACAGAAAGCGAAAGAGAGAGAGAAUAUGCUUUAUUCUGAAAAAAUCAUUCCCGAAUUAUCAAUAAAAACUUUCUUCUAUCCCCGUGGCCAGAAUACAGAUUAAAAGACGAUGGGUGAAUUAUUGGGUUUGCAUAAAAAUUGUACAAUUAUUAUGGUAACAGCUGUACUUUCCCUUUCUCUAUUUCGGUCUCUUAACGCGUAAGGUAUCGUGCCGGAUUAUUUUUAUGGUUUGAUUAUUGCUAUAAAACCUUGUGAAAUACUUAUUGAUAAAAAUAUUCACGCCUGUUUUUGCCAAUAAACUCUGAGCCGUGUGGAAUGAAAAUUUCUGACAGACUUGUCAACACCAGCCUGCCUCAUUCAAAAUAUAUGAAAAUGCCGUCCAGAUGCGGGUCCAAGUUAAAAGUCAGUGUGUCCCAGUAGUCAGCCAAAGUGCGCACUGUGCCGGCCGGGAGCCAUCCAUCUCGCCUUAGCUAGAAAGGAACAGGAAUGUUGGCAUUUUUACACGGCUUCAGUCAAGACAGUUUUGGAGCGAAGCAGUGUUCGGUGGUCGGAUAAUCACAGUUAUGAUGGACACUUGUGUUACACGGAUGGAAGCGAAUAUGCGAGUCCCAGGUUCUUGUUGUAAAGAAGAUGAAUACACGAUCUCUGGGACAAUACGUGUAUUAGUCUGAGCUUUCGGUCUCGUGCAGGAGGCAAGCGUCAGAGACUGUGAGAAUGCGGCGUCCAAUGAGCAGUUUUUGUAGUCAAGCCAUGAAGGGGGGAGGGUAGGAGUGCAGAGGGUGGCGUUCGCGAGAGGGCUGAAUCCACGCCGUCUCACGGCGGCGUGACUGUGUGCACCCUUGGCUGGAAAUUGGGUCUCGCCUCUUGGCCGCGGGAACGGAGCGCGUGAUAGCAGGGGGGUGUGCCAACGUGUCUGUGUUGAUAGAGUUGGUGUCAGACACCCAGGCCUCCAACAGUUCUCGCCCUGUUUUAUUGCUGACCCGUGCUACAAUCCGCGUGCUAGCGAAGUCGAAUUCGUGGCCUUCCUCCAGGACGUGAGUGGCGACCUGAGACAACGGGUCGCCUCUCCGGACCGUCCGUUUCUGUUCCGUUAUUCGUGAGCCAAGUCGUCGUCCGGUCUGUCUUGUGUAGUGGAGAGGGCAAUUCCGACAUGGGAUCUGAUAAACGACACCCGAUUGUUCUCCCACGUUCUUCACUCGCAUGACUUUGUUGCGCAUGGUCGCUGUCGGAUGGUGAGCGAUGUUACAUUCAAACGGCGAACCUGAUCACAACUGACCGAGCUUGCGCCUCGGGUUCAUUGAAAGAACGAUGUACUUUGAAGUCAAGAUACUCCUGCUUGGAUCUCAGGGCUUAGAGUAUUGCUACUUGCGUAGGACCGCACAUUUAAAGAGAGGGAUGAAAUUUAGAUGUGCACUAUAAUGUCUGCCGUCUCUGCAGGCGGCAAUUCUUGAUUUUUAACUAAAACCAUACAACCCUCUGUGGAACUCCCAACCAGAAUCCCCUGACCAAAUAAAAAGUAUCGAGUAUCACCCCGUCACGAUGUUUAAUAGGUGAGCAUACUUAUAACGUGGCUACAGGCUAUCAUACCUAGUGCGUCACUGAUGUUGCUUGCUUUAAAAGACGGCUACAUUGGUCACUUUCUUAUCCGCUGUGGACCUCCUAACAGCAGUAACACUGUGACUUCCUAAUUUUUUGUCUUUUCUCCUCCAGUACGCAGGAAUUCUUGCCGUACUCAUCAUUGCUCAGUCAGUCGCAGUCGGUCUCAUUUUUGGAACGAAUGAAAACGUACGUUUUCCUGUGCGAAAGAAGCAGUCUCCUAAUUUUUUCGGAAUAAUUCCAGAAGACCAUAUCAAUUCUUGCGUCAUCUAACUCCUAUGGCUUCUACUUCAGUUGCAAAACACCGUCGAUGCGCUUAUGACACGAACCCUGAAGGGAGCUUUCGUCAAGGACCAUGCAGAUACUCCCGGUGUUUACGUAUGGUACCAGAUCAUGACGGUGAGUGCUUCCCACCUCCCCACUCCCGAAAGUUUGGAUCAUUUGACGAGUUUGUAUCAGAGUAAAUCGAAAGGGCAGUAUUGGCCAACUGGAUUCGGUCAAAUUUGAUAGCCAGCAGUGUCGGUAGUUAACCUAGUCUGUAACCAUCCGGCUGCACAAAUUAUUUACUUGCGUCAUUUAGCCCAAGGUCUUUUUUGCCCUGAACACCUACUUACCAUCAGUCACACAAACAUUCGAUAAGAGGACCAAGAAGUCACUGUCUCAUUCUAAGUUUUAUUUCAUUUCUAGGCAAAGAACGUGACAUGUUGCGGUAUGGACGGUUACUCGGACUUUAAGGCAGACUGUGAGUUGUGUUUGUUAUUGAGAAAUUGUUUAAAUGCAUACACACGAUAGUUCGAUCCUCGCGGGUUGGGUGGUUCACUGAUGUCUCAUGAGGUGGACGUGGUUGCGGAGGAGACUUCCGCUGCGCCUACCGCACUCGUCCAUCCUACGCCAAUGCCUUCCGAUGUGAAAACUAAGUCAAGGCGAUCGGAGGUGGAAAUGCGCCCAUCACGCAUGUCGUUAUGCAACUGCCUUCUCUCAGACACAUUGAAGAGAGAAGGAGGACCGAACCUACUAUUCUGUAAAUCCGACUCCACGUUUAUUCAUAAGGAAUGCCGAAUUUCAGCGUCUGAUUAAAAUAGGGUCGCAGAUUGAAGUGUUCGCAAAUUGUCUCCUUCUGUCAAAAGGUACAGUCCAUAACGGGGUGGUGAAGUUGUGGCGGUCAAGAAUGUGAGAUCAACUUAAACCACGCACAGUAAGUUCGUUUCGUCUAAUGUCAGCAGUCAGGGAGCUGUGAGGACUAGUUUAUUCUGUACACAGGGCAGGUUGUCGUAAGUUGGCUGUUUGCUUGCCACAGAGAUAAGCGUCCGUUCACGGAGAGUGUCAAUCGCGGUGUGUUGCUUACGCGGGGGUGAGUGUCUGGGUCAGCAGGAGGGGGUGACUGAUUGAGUGUUGGUCGUGUGAUGGGACAAAUAAGGAGAAAAGUGAGGGGCGCAUGCUCACAAGGCCUCGCGGGUAUCAGGCCGGAGCGUUCGACGCGCGUGAGGUGACGAAAGUCUGUGAGGUCAGCCGAGAGUCACUGCAGUUGGACCGGAGGUGUCCCAGUUCUAGCCGGCGGGGACGGCCGUGUGUCGACAGCUCUCGCGACCAUCGUUCGACAAAACGGAGCCGGAGAAAAAGGGGGGCUGAAGCGGCUGCUACAAACUUUCCAUACUUUUUUAGAGUUAAAUUCUCCGGCCUCGAAGAUCUCAGUGAAGGACAGGUAUUUCUUGGAUAUCAACCACUUACGUAAGUAGAAACUAAUAAGAACGCGGCAGUAUUCAAAGAAAAAGGUCGCCCUGUAACAUUUUCAUCAGAAGUCCUGAUGAUUUCAAGGCCUUGGGCGGUUGUGACUGGGACAAUCCACAGUUGUAACAUAUUACUUUGCGUUAGAGCCUGCAGAGGAAUCACCAGUACUAACUCACUCGGCGUUACCAGUUUCGCAUGACUCGCCGGAAGACACGGACACAGGGGGUCCGUAAAAAGAUGUUAGGUCCAGCCCUCGAGGUCAGGAGAACUUCUUUUAUAAGGAAACAACGGUAUUUUUGACACUUCCCACCCGCUUGCAAAGUGUGCUCUUCCAUUUCUUGCGUCUUCUUCAUCUGGUAGCAAUUCCUUCGCCAUGCUGCUCAAAAUCAACCGCUACGAUGCCCUCAAAGUGCUCGGAGGCAGACGCAAAGAAAGAGGCGAUUCCAGGCUGUAGAACAAGAAUCAACGAAUUCGUCGAGAAGGAAAAGACAAUUCUCCUGGUCAUACCAAUCAUCUUUAUUCUGAUUCAGGUAAGUUUUCCUCUCACAGGGUCAAGUACAGGCAAUCAUCUACUUAGAGUACGUGUGGUCUUCUCCCCGGCUAUUUUUAACCGCAGUUUAAAUGAAUGCCGUCAGGUAACUUUCGACGCCUUUUAGCCUCCUGCGUGAACGUGGCGCCUACUCUGGUUGACAGUUGUUUUCGGGUUCCGUGGGGGCGUUUGUCGGGUUUCAUGCACGCGUUAGGAGGUAAAGGGUCGGUAUCGUGAAAACAGCCCAGGACGUCAGAUCCCAUUUCGUUCUUGCUGCGCCUACGGUUUGGAAAUUUCCGCCAGAAUAGCGUCGCCUGUUACUUCCUCUCUCCCUGAUGGGCUUACUGACAUAUGGUUGCCUCCAAUUUGGAGUCUUGUGCAGCGUUAGUUCAGAUAACAUGGUCGUUAGGGCGAGGAGAUGUCAGGUAGCAUAACAGUUUGCUGCGCGAUAGCUUCCCGCCCCACCGGUCUUUCUGUCGUGGAUUCAGAUCCGCUAAGCAGCCAAGGUGAUUCAUUACAAAUGACCUUGAUUUCGACACACUGCGCUGACUCGGUACGCUGUUGAGCAUUGCAGCCAAUUAAAGGCUACCGGACCUAGUCGACCUACUGGAUCACUGUGCCGCUGAUGACGUUAGGCGGUCAAAAGAGGAACACGAUGCGCAUCACCGUCGUCAACAAUUCUGCAGUUGAUCAACAUUAAGUCCUACUUUCCAUCUGGAUUCAGUGAUCUGACCGAAAUAGUCCCCCGUUUUUAAAUGAUAAAUACGAUAAGUUUAGGCGGAACAGGUGAAUUUAAGGGCUGCGGCCUAGGUGAACUCCCAUGCGCUAACAUUGGAUUUUCGUCUUCUGCCUUGUUGUUGAAUUUGGCAGAUUAAAGAUAAAGCACAUUAGCAAGUCCAUAAAUGAGUUGGCCACGUUUUCUGCAAUUUUAACAAGGUCCGCUACCUCUGUGUAAGCAGGAAAGUUUGUGUUCUGUAGGCCCUAGGGCGUGCGACCUGUAUGCCUCGACCCACUUCCUAGACGAGUUAACUGCUACCCAGAUCGCCUGGACGGCGAUUGGUCAGAUUCCGAACCAAUCAGGUCGAACCACCAGUGUGAUCAGCCCCUGUAGAUAGUCCUGCAGCCCUACCCUCCCGCUGAUCGCGCCCUAACUUAAAGUGAUUACGUGAACCGUAUCAAGCGGGUAACAGCCUCAAGUAGGAACUUCGGCGCGUUAUAAAAUUGUGGCGGAAAGGUAUCGUCCCAAGAAAUGAGCACACGUCCGCCUUUUAUAUGUUGUCCUGCUUAUUUUCCCACGACUAUCGGGAUGGUCUCAAGGGCAGCUAGGAAGAGAUAGCUCCCCCCGCCUGCUGUCCCCAGCGCUUCUGACUAAUCUGUGGGCCAAAACCUAUGGAUAGAGAAACGUUUUCAAUUUGCGCCCUUAUUACUGCACCUAGCUGUACAGAGCUUCAGAGCUGCUCACACUUUUAACUUUCUAGUCUAGGCAAAGAUUGCCCUUGAAGCACGCGCAUCGAGGUCUGCUGCUCUACUUUAGAGGGCGUUUCAAUCACUCUAUUCAGUAAAGAGCAUAUAGGCGUUUGUGAUUAUGCUGUGGGUCCUGCUUAUUGAAAUGUAGGUCUUACUUAAACUAGCCAUUCAGAAGUUAUCAAGUAGAGCACGUAUUAACUGAACCGUUCCUAGAGAGGAAGAAGAACUCUGCGAGCCUAUGGCAUGUAACGUCCGUGAUGACAAAAAGGUUAGGGGAAGAGUGAGCAUUUCCGAAACACGUUUCAUUUAUUUUUUCCUAAUUAUUCGUUAAUAGUUAUAUUUUAUUGUUUAUUUCCGAAAGUGUCAAAAAUAUAUUGAUCUUUAUCUGUAGCUACCAGAAGUGGGCGGAGUUUAUUGAUAAAGAGCUGGGUUUCCGAAAAAUAUUACAGCAAUUUGUAAAAGGCCGACUCUGUGAAAAUUGAUUUUACAAAGACCCGUUGAUUUGCAUGUUUUCAAACAGAAGGCGUCUUUGACCGGGCUUAAGUUAAGGGCAUCUGAUUAACCUAAAACUAUAAAUUGGAGGAUAAUCCUUCUUUUCCCCGACGAAGAAUUCACCGACUACUGGAAGGAACCAUCCCACGUUUUGAGUGACCUAUAGCCUCGGAACCUAGAAGAUAUCCAAAGGACCACCACUUAAAAGUCUUCUUAAAAACGCCUGUUUAGAAAAUAUAGCUGCAAAUCAUCUGUUUGGAUGAUUUUCGGUAAAAAAUAUGAUAGUUAGGGCCGCGAAAUGUCCAAUCAUACAGCAUAGUAUCAGUAACUUUACAACUGUUAAUUUUUAAGGUAAACGACAUGGUCCAUAUCCACCAUAACAUUUUGCGGACCUUGUGUGACGUCCUCUCAACAGCAUAUAGAAGUAUAUUAUUUUCCUUAUGCGGAAAGUAUGCAGCUUCUACUACAGAAAUUUUCCAUGCAAUUGUGAAGACGGGGUUGGUUUCAAAAUCGUUUGGUAUAGAAUUUACUGACGUAAAUAACUAAAAAAUGAAUAAAAGAAAGAGCAUAAAAUAAGUUUGAAUCUUUAAGGAUAUCAAGAACCAAUACAAGAACGUUAAACUACUUAAGUAGCCAUUUUUACCGGACGUAGUUUUUGCAGACGGCCUAAAGGAAGCCCAUCCAAAAGCCGGAGUCCUGACGUGAUUGAAAUAUCUUGGAAUUAUGCCGCACAGUAAUCAUUCUUGCGACCCUACUUAAGUUGUGUUUCCGAAUGGAAGACACAUUUCAGAAUUUCAGUUAACAUCCGAGAGGUAGCAAAUCUUCUGUAAAUGCUGUGGAAGUCCCCCCACCACUGGACCCUCGGAAUAGACGUAGUCAUCACAAAUCACGAUAACCUAAUCCUACCGAAGAAGUUGUGUGCUUUGGUAAGCGCGAAGGCUGCUAGAAACCGAUUCUACUUGACUCAAAUCACUGUAAAAAUGGUAUGAUGGUCGCAGAGUUGCCCACCCGCCUAAUGCACGUUUGGACUUGCAUAUGUUAUUGUGACGAGAGCUGUCAAAAGAAGAGGAGGCGUUCACCGGGAGGGGUGUAUUUGAGAUCCGACGUUUCGGGUAGUUUAUUCGUCUGCCCAUCUUCAGGGACUGGGAGGUCCUGUGCACAGCACUCCUUAUUACGGCGCCCUUUGUCAAAUGCGUGAUCCGCCACUGCCGCCUGUGUGGCUGCAUCCAACCCGCAUGCCACUGUGACCUGAUUCGCCCCCGUCGGCCGCGGUGAUGACUGACGGCCCCGAUUGGCCCGCGCCGUGUCCCGCGCCUAACCGAAUGAAAGGAUGGUGUCUUUUGACGUCGUCUCACUAUUCACGUCCAUACAACAGGCCCUUGCGGUCGAAACGCCCAGUGACCUGCUACGUCAAAAUUACGACGGGGGCGAUGGCCAGCCCACAGCUCAGGAUCCCAUAGAACUCAUGGGGCACUGCCUCAAGACAUUCUUUACCUUCGAGGGGACCACAUACGAGCAGAUCAAGGACACUCCAAUGGGUUCACCAAUCUCCGGACUCAUUGCCGAAGCGGUUCUACAAAAACUCGAGAGACGACUAUUCGAGGAGUACAAACCCAAGUUUUGGGCACACUACGUUGAUGACACCUUCGUAAUCAUAAACCAGGAUAAAAUCAACUACUAUGCGGAAGUACUGAACUCAAUCAUGCCCGAUCUACAGUUCACGAUGGAAGAGGAAGUAGAGGAUAAACUUCCAUUCUUGGAUGUUCUCGUCUGCCGCCAACCAAAUGGCGAACUAGCGAUGUCGGUCUACAGAAAACCGACGAAGACGCUGCAAAUUCUCAGCUACAACAGCAACCACCCGCCACAACAAAAACGAAGCUGUGUCCGCACGCUGUACCGACGGGUGAAAACUCAUUGCAGCACACCAGCCGCCAAACUGGAUGAGAUAAAGCUCCUCCGAGAACUUUUCAGAGCCGCGGGCAUUCACUGAACGAAGCCGGAGGCAGCCAAAGAAACGGAACGAAGAGCAUAGUCAGCCAAACUCGUGGCGGAGCAUUCCGUACAUUAAAGGGGUCUCCGAAGUCGUGGCCCGAUCACUCGCGCCACUCGGAAUAGGUGUUGCCCACAGGCCUGACUCAACAAUCCGCCGACAAGUGAUGCGGCCGAAAGAUCCGAUCCCUAAGCAGGAGAUGUCGGCCGUUGUCUACCGACUUCAAGGCAGCUGCGGAAGCUACAACUACGUUGGAGAAACCGGCCGACGGCUGCAAACGCGAAUGCACGAGCAUAAGUUGGCCGUGCGAAGGUUGGACCCAAAGUCGGAGGUAGCAACCCAUGCCGCGCAAAUAGGACACAUAUUCAAUUUUGACGCCGUUGAGAUUGUGGGCCGGGGCAGCGAUCACACAGCAAGGCAAGUGCAAGAAGCCUGGAUGUCCACCGACCGCUCUGUCGACCGCCACAUCAAUUUGCCUCCCCCCUAUCUGACUUUACAAAACUUCUUAGCGGGGGACAGUCACGGCGCGGGACAAUCGGGGCCGUCAGUCAUCACCACAGCCGACGGGGGCGAUUCAGGUCACGGUGGCAUGCGGGUUGGAUGCAGCCACACAGGCGGCAUUGGCGGAUCACGCAUUGGACAAAGGGCGCCGUAAUAAGGAGUGCUGUGCACAGGACCUCCCAGUCCCUGAAGAAUAAACUACCCGAAACGUCGGAUCUCAAAUACACCCCUCCCGGUGAACGCCUCCUCUUCUUUUGAUAUGCCACGUGGGAAUCGGAUUUUCACUACUAUUGACUAGAGCUGUGUUUGAACAAAUGGCAUCGAUUAGGGUUAGAGUUUGAUUAAAGACUAGGGCUGGGUUCGGGAUUAGGAGUAGAGUCAGGAUUACGCUUAGAGGUUACAGAUAGGGUUAGGAUUCAAGUGAAGGCGAGUCGGCCCAAAAUUGUUGAAGUGCGAUACGCUUGCGAGGUGUUUCCCUAAACGCAAGCCAGGGAGUGCGAGAGUCAGUAUGCCAAGUUUUAAAGUAGCAUAUGAGCGUCCAAGCGUCCCAGAGAUCGGCGUUAGCAGAAGGUCGGCCGUCAAUGUUGGCUUACCCGGCUCGAGAUGCGAGCAUGCGUCCCCCCCUCCCAUGACCGACUGUGGCCAAACAAUGAACAAUAAAAUAUCGAUUUGCGCGUCACGGCGCCCCCAAUCCGCAGGGUUGGAUCGCACGCGACGCAAGUGGUCAACUGUCGCUGUAGCCACAAAGGCCAAGAAAGCAUCUCCAGGAUGGGUGUUAUUCAGUCAGUGUAACCUCAUUUUCAACUAAUGCCGGAGGAAUUAUUUCCCAAUUAUUCAUAUUGACCCAACUGUGAAAAACUCGGCGCCUCGUUUGGAUUCGAACCCACGCAGUAAGGAGCAGGCUUUAGUACAGUCAAUGCUCUCACCAUCUGAGCUACGAGGCCCCGCCGGACGACGCGAGUUUAAUUAAAUUUGGGUCAACUUACCCACCCGGCCUACUGCGACGUCUGGAAUCCACCAAAUCUGAUACAGUAAGUUGACUGCCCAAGCUGGAUUUCCUAAGUAAUUCACCUAGAAUCCACCAGAUCUGCCAAAAUACCUACGGAUUUCCCAAUUAAACCAAAACCGUCGUUUGCUAAAAAAAUUGUUUCUUACCCCCACCCCCCCUUAACAGGUCAUUUUGUUUGCUCUGACGGUGGCAGCGCUACGCGUAAACUCCAUUUCGCCAAUAUAGGCAUCGCAGAUCAGCGUCGGGACUGCAGAGGAGUUUUGUCAGGCCGGUGCGAAACACCUCCGUGUGUGCAGCGCAAGCAUACUUUUGUGAAAGAACCUAAAUUUGUCCUAUUCAAAAAUUUUUGCCGAAAACUUUUUGAAUGCCGGUGUUGUUGUUGUUGUUAUAUGCCGUCUCCUUUUGCCCGAAAUUGUUUCGGGAAAAGUGACGUCUGUAUACACAAUUAUUUUAUGCUCCGAUUCAUCUAAGGCACCCGAGAGCUUACAAACCGUUUUUUCGAAUUUUAUUUUGUAAGAAAAACAUAUUUCAUUUUCCUAACAUCAAACAUGACUGAUUGUUUCAUUUGGCUCUAAAUCGAUGCAGAAAAAUGCCAAUUAAUGCCCGCUUAGCGCAUGCAACAUUGGAUGCACCAUCUCAUCAAUUUUAUCGUCUAAGGCAGUCUCUCUGAUAGAAGUAAGAACUAAUAUGCGGAUUGUUGAAAAAAUGUAUAAAUGUCUCAGUAGCCAAUAUUUUAAUUCAAUUCCUUUAUCGUUGAUGGAUUUAGACUUUUGAAAUUGGUAAUGGCAGCCAGCUUUAGUUCUGAACAUGUGAAACGCAUCCCAACAUGCUACUGAAAAUUCGAUAAUGCAGUUAAGGGGUAAGGAGAGUCUAGGUUGGAAGUUUAGGACAGAGUGACCUACGCAGACUUACUAUCCUCCGAAGUUAAGAUAGAGUUGAAACCGACAGAAGUAAUAAAAAUGUAUACAAAGACUGUUUCUGAAGAUCACGGACAUCAAUAAGCCCCUGGAAAUUAAUCACCAUGGUCCAAGAAAUCUAUGCAACAGACAAAUCACGGAGUAGAAAUCUCGACAAAUUCUAGUUAUCGUAUUUUAAAGCGCAUCUAUUCAGUCAGUCAGUCAGUCAGUGUAUUUGAGGGAAAUAGGCUUACGCCUUUGAACUCCCUAUUUGUACAUAAAAAAUCGAUAAACAAGCAAAAAUGUGAAGAAAUUACAGCAUUAAGUGAAUGCAUACAUUGAUUCACAUAUGUCACUAAUCACAUGGCUAAAAAGUCACAUAGUCCGCUUGUUGCUGCAGCAUAUAUCUGUAAAGGCUACAUUUAAACGUCUCCACAAAUUGAGACAUAACAACCAUCUCGGGCAGGUUAUUCCACGGUUCCACGACACGGUUGAAGAAGAAAUAUUUUCUCACAUUCAGUCUACCCUGUGGCACACGUAGCUUGAAGGGAUGUCCCCGGAGGUGGGUUGUAGUGGCGAGUUGGAAAAAGUCAUCGCGCCGAAGGGCACAAUCCAAGCCGCGCACGAUACGGAAAGUUUGUAUCAUGUUUCCGCGCAACUGCCUAUAACUCAGAGGAUAGAGAUUAAGGUUAGUUAAGCGGAUCUCGUAUGGCAGUGCACUUUGACCUCUUAUUAAUUUUGUUGCUCGUCUCUGCACCCUUUCGAGAAGAUCGUAAUCCUGAUGCGUCCACGGUCUCCAGGCCUGAAUUGCAUAUUCGAGAUGGGGCCUUAUAAACGUGCCGAAGACUUUGGUGAAGCAGUCUUCAUCGAAAACUACGAAUGCCCGCUUGAUGGCAUAUAGCAUUGAGGUUGCGGCCUUGGCCGCCUUACAGCAUUGUGUAGAAGGCUUUAGGCUGUCUGCAACCCAAACUCCGAGAUCUUUUUAAGUUUCUGCUUCUCGGAGUGGCAUUCCGUUCAGAUGGUAUUGCCGCGUACUAGGGGUCUGAUUUCCGAGGCGCAGAAUGGUGCAUUUGUUCAAAUUGAAGGACAAGAGCCAUCUGCGGGACCACUCGUCCAAUCGACAAAGAUUUUCUUGGAAGGUGGUCUCAUCGGCAGCAUUCUGGAUGACUUUCCAGAUUUUUAUGUCGUCCGCAAACAUGGCGCAAACACAGUCCAACCCAUCUACACAAUCAUUAAUGAACAAGAGAAAGAGGGUUGGUCCGAGCACCGAGCCUUGUGGCACCCCACUCUCUAUGAAUGUGCACCUUGAUUGCUGUUGUUCUAGGCAGACAAUUUGGGAUCGGCCGACAAGGAAAUUUUCGAUCCAUUUGAGAAGUUUGCUACCGAUGCCCAUAAUUCUCAACUUGUGUAGGAGACGCUGGUGCGGAACACUGUCAAACGCCCUCCGAAAAUCAAUAUAGGCAACAUGCACGGUGUGUUUUGCGUCCAGUGUUCGUGUCCAACUUUGCAUUGUGUAUAGCAAGUUCGUAACACGUGAUCUUCCCCUACGGAAACCCUAUUGUGCAUUGGACAAGAGGUUGUGGGUUUCCAAGUAAGCCAUCAACUCCUUUUUGAUGGUUUUCUCCACCACUUUUCAGCAGAUUGAUGUCAAACUGACGGGUCUGUAGUUUGUCGCCUGAGCACGACUACCGCUUUUGUAAAGGGGUGUAAUGUGGGCCGUCUUCCAGUCUGUGGGAAGAAUUCCAGCAUCAAACGAUUUCCGACACAGAAAGGAUAGUGGCUUGGCCAGCUUUUGGGCAAGCUCAAAGAGCAGUUUUGCUGGAAUCUCGUCCGGACCGGGAGAUUUACAUUCCUUUAACCUUUUUGUUCUUCCAAAAUCGCUUCUUCUCGAAACACAAUAUUUUCGAUAGUAGGAUCUCCCAUCUUCUCAGAAUUAGAAGGGGUAAAGUCUGCUUCUCUUGUGAAAACGGAUCGGAAAAAUUGAGAAAAGUGCUCAGCCUUAUUUGUACUGUCCGAGAUCUCCAAGCCGUCAUCACCCCUCAUAACAGGAAUGGGAUUCCUGUUACGUGUGCUUUUCCGCAAAUAGCUGUAGAGCAAUUUCGGAUUUUUAGCGGCUCGGUGGAGCAAAUUACUCUCAAAAUCUCGUCGCCUCCUGAAAAUCAGACUUUUCACCUUAUUUCUUUGAACUUUGUAUUCUGUAAACGCUGCAUUGUUGUUUUUCUUGCAAAAUUUCUUCCAUAACCUUCCUUUCUUGUUGAUCUCCCUUUUGAGUUCUCGUGUUAGCCACUGAGGGCGGUUGGGUGUCCUAGGCUUUGAUAAGGGACAGUGGUUCUUCAUUAGAUGCAGUAAACGAUCCUUGAAUAAAUUCCAGUCCUCGUUAACGUUUCCGGAGAAGAGAACAUGCCAGUCUAUUUGUGAUGCCUCAGCUCUCAUUUGGCGAAAGUCCCCUUCCCAUAUAUUUGGCCUCGUAUUGUCUUUUGUACACGGUUCAGAAUACAGCAAGAACUCCCAUAAAAGCACUACAUGAUCACUUCGACCGAGCGGGGGUAGGUAGUACACCUCGUCUAUACUGUCAGGAUCUUUGGUAAAAACGAGGUCCAGACAACUGGCCUGUUGCCCUCCACGAGCUCUUGUUGGAAACAGGACACGUUGAGUGAGUAGAGCUUCUAGGGUUGUCUUUAGUAGAUGGCAAUCGAAGGUAUUCAUCGAGCACUUCGCAUGCAUAUCGCUCCAUUGAAUGCAGGGUGCGUUGAAAUCCCCCAUGAGAACAACGUCUGGUCGGCUGGCGAUCUCUUUUAUGCUUUUCAGUAGACAAGUAUCUGGGUCGGGCUCAGCCUGCGGGGCCCGGUAGAUAGUUACGACUUCGAGGGACUGAGAUCCCCGUUAUGUUCAAAGCUUAGUUCAUGCUCUCAGAGCAGAUGGUCUGAAGCGAAGAGCGAAGGAUUGCGAUCAGUACAAGACAAAAUGUGUAUAAGAUAUACUCGUUAAGGCAACAUUUAGUUAAACAAACAGUAAGUUCAAGAACGAUGAGCAGGUAGGUAAACACAAGAUAGUCUGGUGCCUCGGCACAGUCUAAGAUGAUGUUGUGCACCAUAUCCGCACAUCAGGUCCUCCAGUGUUUGCUCGGCCGAGCGAACUAGCACCGGAGCGUUUCCAGGCCGCGAAGGCGGAGUUUGAACACGUGCUGCAACUGGGAAUAAUUCGAUCGUCCGACAGACCUUGGGCGUCCCCACUGCAUGUGGUGCCCAAGGCGGCAUCCGGUGACUGUGGCGACUAUCGUGCCCUCAAAAGCGCCACCAUUCCUGAUCGGUACCCGUACCCCAUCUUCAGGACUUUGCUGGAGCCCUUUUCGGCAAAACGGGUUUCUCGAAGAUUGAUCUAGUGCGUGCUUUUCAUCAGAUUCCGUUUGCCUCUGAGGAUAUUCCUAAAACCGCCGUCGCCACACCCUUCGGUCUCUUCGAAUUCAUCCGCAUGUCGUUCGGUCUUCGUAAUGCUGCCCAAACGUUCCAGAGGUUCAUCGAUCAUGUCUUGCGUGGCCUACCCUUUGUGUACGCCUGCAUUGAUGACCUCUUGGUGGCCAGCCGGAAUGAGGAAGAACACAAAGAUCAUCUUGCCUUGGUGUUUGACCGCCUUGACAAGUUUGGCGUUGUAAUCAAUCCCUCCAAGUGCGUGUUCGGUGUGCCUUCGCUCGAGUUCCUCGACCAUCAGGUCGACUCUGAAGGUUUGCGUCUCCUCCCCUCCAAGGUUGAAGCAGUUCGUAAUUUCCCUCCACCCACUUCCAAGCGUCAGUUGCAGCAAUUCCUCGGCAUGGUCAACUUUUACCGUUGGUCCCUCCCGAACUGUGCUGACCUCAUGCUGCCGCUCACCAACAUGCUUUCUGGUCCCAAAGGUCCUUUCAAGCUCACCUCAGGCAGAAACUGA